CAUUCCCAGCCUUGCCUCGGGUGGAGGGAUUGCGAGGGGAAGCAAAACUACACGGCGUUUCACUGUGUAGUUUUGUUUUUUUGGGGGGGAAUAUUUCGAGGCUCGACCGUUCUCAUCUUGGAUUUUUUUGGAAAAACACUUUCUGGAUAAGGAGACUUGUUUGAGUCCCUGGGCUCCGUCCCAUCAUUCUGAGGCACUCUUGUGGAAACAAGGUGCCGACAAUCAUGUCAACACAAGCGCCAACGUUCAUACAGCCGCUACAGAGCGUUGUGGCACUAGAGGGUAGUGCCGCAACGUUCGAGGCUCAAGUUAGUGGUUCUCCAGUUCCUGAGGUGAGUUGGUUCCGUGAUGGCCAGGUUCUUACUGCCGCCGCUUUGCCCGGCGUUCAGAUCUCGUUCAGCGAUGGCCGCGCUGUUCUGAGAAUCCCCGCUGUGACCGCCGCACACAGCGGAAGAUUUUCCGUCAGAGCCACCAAUGGUGCAGGACAAGCCACGAGCACCGCUGAACUUCUUGUUACAGCGGAGACGGCGCCUCCCAGCUUCCUUCAGAGACUGCAGAGCUCCACGGUGAGACAGGGCAGCCAGGUGAGGCUGGAUGUCAGAGUCACAGGUAUCCCAACACCUGUGGUGAAGUUCUACCGAGAGGGAGCCGAGAUCCAGAGCUCAGCUGACUUCAGGAUCCUCCAGGAGGGAGACCUGCACAGUCUGCUGAUCGCAGAGGCCUUCCCAGAGGAUUCUGGGACAUAUUCUGUGACUGCAACAAACAGCAGUGGACGGGCCACCUCCACCGCUGAACUGCUGGUCCAGGGUGAAGAAGCCGUUCCAGCAAAGAAAACCAAGACUGUGAUUUCAACCUCUCAGAUUUCACAGACCCGUCAGACCAGAGUAGAAAAGAGGAUGGAGGCCAGUUUCCAGGCCACCGCCAUGAUGGGGAUGCAUGUGGAGAGCGCCGAGCUGACUCAGCAGCUGGCCCACAAGACUCCACCCAGAGUCCCUCCAAAGCCCAUGUCCAAGUCCCCGACUCAGCCCUCGCUGGUCGCCAAGGUGACCGGAGGACGCCAACAGUCACCAUCACCCGUCAGACAUGUGAAGGCACCGACGCCAACUCCUGUCAGGCCUGCUUCUCCCACUUCAAGACUCUCAGUCUCCCCCAUCAGGCCGGUCAAGUCUCCGAUCACCACGCGCAAGCAGUUGGUCGCCGGCGGCGCCGACGUCCUACCCCCCUGGAAGCAGGGAGGCUACAUGGCUGAGGCCAGUUACACCAGCAUGACCAGCAUGACCAGCACCGUCACGCAGGUGGGCCAGGAGCAGCGCUGGGAGCAGCAGGUCACCGGGGUCAAAGAGGCUGAGGGAGGGAAAAGAGCCGGGGCGGUAGCCAAAGUCGUGGCCGCCGUUGACCUCGCUCGGGUCCGUCAGCCUGUGCAUGUGGAGGGCGGUCAAGCUGAAGAAGAGGAGGCAGAGGCCAUAGAAGCAGAGUUAAGGCAGCAGGCCGCCGCCACUGCCGGCUUGGCUGCCGAUCAACAGUAUCAAGCUGGUUGGACAACAACAAGAGUGCAGGCUGGACAAAUGCUUACCACUGCUCAGCAGUUUACACCUGAACCAACACUGCCGCUGACUCAGAUUCAUAGAGUGACAGAAAUCUCCUCCCAUGUGGACACUGGUCUCGCCCCGUCUCCAGUUCCACAUUUCACAGUUUCUAAAGUUUCUGUCCCAAAACACGAGUCUAGCUCUGAGGUUUCCAUCGCUGGCUCGGCUAUCGCCACUCUGCAGAAAGAGUUAUCCUCAUCCUCUGCCACCGCUAGAAAGAUCAUCAAACCCGUCAAGUCUCCCAGUCCGUCUGGUAGAGUGGCAGCGCCCAGAGAGACACUGGAGCCCAUCCCUUCACCGUUCAAAGACAAAUAUCAGAGUCAUUUUGGCGCUGAGUUACAGACGGGGGUGGUGUACUCGGGGGGCAUAGAGAGAAUGUAUGAGGACUGGGGAGCCCAGGUGGUGGAGGGAGCAGCCAUACCUUCUGCAGGCAGUGCCGUGGUCCCACCCACACUGGUGUCUGGCUUGAAGAACACAAAUGUGACGGAGGGCGAGUCGGUGACCCUGGAGUGCCAGAUCAGUGGUCACCCCACACCCGUCAUCAUGUGGUUCAGAGAGGACUAUAAGAUUGAGAGCUCCAUUGAUUUCCAGAUUAACUACGAGAACGGAUUCGCCCAGCUGGUGAUCCGCGAGGCCUUCGCUGAAGACAGCGGACGCUUCACCUGCACUGCCACUAACGAGGCGGGAACCGUCAGCACCUCCUGCUACCUGCUCGUCCAGGUGUCUGAGGACAUCGAGAGCAGAGAGGAGGUCGCUGUCGUCACUGAACAUGUUGAGACUGCUGAGAAACUAGUAACCGUUGAAGCCAAAGAGGAGACCAUGUCUCAGGUGAGCGUGACCGAGUCAGAUGCUGCGGCCACAGCUCCCUUCUUCAUCAAGAACCCAACCAUCCAGAAGCUGGUGGAAGGAGGAAGUGUAGUGUUUGAAUGCCAGAUUGGAGGAAGCCCCAAACCACACAUCAUCUGGAAGAAGGGUGGAGUACCACUCACUACCGGAUACAGAUACAAAGUCGCCUAUAAGAAGGACACUGGAGAAUGCAAAUUGGAGAUCUCCAUGACCUUCGCUGAUGAUGCCGGAGAAUACUCUGUCUUUGCCAAAAACCAGCUUGGAGAGGUCUCAGCCUCUGCCAGUCUGCUGGAGGAAGAGGAAUAUGAAACCUACAUGAAGAAACAGGAAGCAACCUUUAAGACUGAAGUGACAGCUGUGGUGCAAGAGCCCAAAGUGGGAGACGUUUCCCCCAUUGUUGUUACGACAAUGGAGCAGAUGACCACCACCAUCAUUUCUGGACAGGAAUUCCAUCUUUCUGUCACUGAGCAGAGGAUCAUCCAGGAGCUUGAACUCCGCAUUAUGAAGAUUACCUACAAAGAGAUAGUGACAGAAGAUGGAGAGUUGAUGGUCACCGCUGCCCCCACUGAGGCAGUGCAGCCCUCUUUUGAGACUCCCGUCAAAAACUACAGGAUCAUGGAUGGAAUGGGAGUCACUUUCCACUGCAAGAUGGCUGGAAUGCCGCUUCCCAAGAUUGCUUGGUUCAAAGAUGGCCAGAGAAUCAGGCCCAGUGACCGCUACCAGAUGGAAGUUCUUCAGGAUGGAAGAGCCAGUCUGCGUUUGCCUGUGGUUCUGCCAGAGGAUGAGGGCGUUUACACUGCAUUUGCUACCAACAUGAAAGGAAAUACCGUCAGCUCCGGGAAACUCUAUGUGGAGCCCUCCGGAGCUCAGAGAUACACACCACAGCCAGCAAUGCAAAGGAUCAGGUCCACAUCUCCUCGUUCUCUGAGUCGCUCUCCUGGACGCUCUUCCAGCCGUUCACCUGGACGCUCUCCUGCUCGUCGGCUUGAUGAGACAGAUGAGGCUCAGCUGGAAAGACUUUACAAGCCUGUGUUUGUCAUGAAGCCUUCCUCAUGUAAAUGCUCUGAGGGGCAGACUGCCAGGUUCGACCUGAAGGUUGUUGGCAGACCAAUGCCCGACACAUACUGGUUCCAUAACGGACAACAAGUGGUUAGCGAUUACACCCACAAGAUAGUGGUUAAAGAGGACGGUACGCAGUCCCUGAUCAUUGUCCCCGCCAUGCCACAGGACUCUGGAGAGUGGACAGUUGUUGCUCAGAACAGAGCUGGACGAUCAUCCCUCUCAGUCACUCUCACUGUUGAUGCUAAAGAAACCUUGGUGCGUCCCCAGUUCACUGAGAAGCUAAGGAACAUCAGUGUAAAGCAGGGCACUCUGGUUGAACUGGCUGUCAAAGCCAUUGGAAAUCCCCUGCCUGAUAUUGUCUGGCUGAAAAACAGUGACAUUAUCACCCCACACAAGCACCCAAACAUCAGGGUUGAAGGAACCAGAGGAGACGCCAAAUUCCAGAUUUCCUCAGCAGCUGGCUCAGACAGCGCCUGGUACACCGCUACAGCCAUCAACAAGGCUGGCAGAGACACUACUCGCUGCAGAGUCAACGUUGAGGUGGACUAUGCUGAACCAGAACCAGAGAGGAAGCUAAUUAUUCCAAAAGGAACCUACAAAGCCAAAGAGAUUGCCCCUCCAGAGUUGGAGCCCCUUCAUAUGCGAUAUGGACAAGAGCAGUGGGAGGAGGGUGACCUUUACGACAAGGAGAAGCAGCAGAAACCACAGUUCAAGAAGAAGCUGACCUCUGUCCGCAUGAAGCGUUUUGGUCCAGCUCAUUUUGAGUGCAGACUAACCCCCAUUGGUGACCCCACAAUGGUAGUGGAGUGGCUUCAUGAUGGCAAACCCCUGGAAGCUGCUAACAGGUUACGCAUGGUCAAUGAAUUUGGCUACUGCAGUCUUGACUAUGAAGUUGCUUAUGCCAGAGACAGCGGUGUUAUCACCUGCAGAGCCACAAACAAGUUUGGAGCUGACCAGACCUCAGCUACCCUCGUCGUGAAGGAUGAGAAGGGCCUUGUUGAGGAAAGCCAGCUUCCUGAAGGCAGAAAGGGGGCACACCGAAUUGAUGAGAUUGAACGCCUGGCUCAUGAGGGAGGACCUUAUGGAGUCACAGCUGAAGAAGAAGCUGAGAAAAUGAAACCUGAGAUUGUCCUUCUUCCUGAACCAGCCAGAGUGCUGGAAGGUGACACAGCACGAUUCCGCUGUAGAGUGACCGGUUAUCCAUCACCAAAGGUUAACUGGUACCUCAACGGACAACUUAUCCGCAAAAGCAAGAGAUACAAACUUCGGUAUGAUGGUAUUUACUAUCUGGAGAUCACUGGAAUCAAAUCCUAUGAUUCAGGAGAGGUCAAAGUGGUAGCCGACAACAACCUGGGUUCAGCUGAGCACAUCGUGAAGCUGGAGAUUCAGCAGAAGGAGGACUUCAGAACUCAUCUGCGCCGUGCCCCAGAGGCAAAGGGAGCUGAGGCUGCCCCUGAACCUGGAAAAACACCGUUUGAGGUGGUGAAGGCUGAGAAACCUGCAGAAGACGCUCAACUAAAAGAAGUGGUCAAGCUUAAGAAGGCCCAGAGAAUCGUCCAUGAGAAAGCCACAGAGGAGUCAGAGGAGCUGAGGGGCAAGUUCAAGCGCAGGACAGAAGAAGGCUAUUAUGAGUCCAUCACUGCGGUGGAACUCAAGUCACGUAAGAGGGAUGAGUCCUAUGAGGGUCUGCUGAAGAAAACAAAAGAGGAGCUGCUUCACCGCGCCAAGAAGGAGGAGGCUGCGAAGAAGAAGGCGGAGGAGGAGCGCCUAAAGGUUACAGCUAAACCUCUAAAACCUGAAAGGGUCAAGCUCUCUGCCAGCAUGGAAGCUCCUAAGAUCCUGGAGCGUAUUACCAGCCAGACAGUCGCACAGGGAGAUGAAGUCAAGUUCAGAGUCAGAGUCGUUGGCAGACCAGAACCUGUGUGCCAGUGGUUCAAGAACGGUGUUCAGCUGGAGAAGUCUGACCGUAUUAACUGGUACUGGCCUGAGGAUCAUGUGUGUGAACUGCUGAUCAGAAAUGUCACAGCAGAGGAUUCUGCUAGUGUCAUGGUUAAAGCUUCAAACACUGCUGGAGAGACUUCAAGCCACGCUUUCCUGCUGGUGCAAGCAAAACAAGUCAUCAGCUUCACACAGAAACUGGAGGAUGUUGACGCAAAGGAGAAGGACACCAUGGCUACCUUUGAGUGUGAAACCAAUGAGCCUUUUGUCAAGGUCAAAUGGCUGAAGAAUAAUGUGGAGAUCUUCUCCGGUGACAAAUACAGGAUGCACUCUGACAGAAAGGUUCACUUCCUGUCUGUGCUGAUAAUCGACAUGAGGGAUGAUGCUGAAUUCACCUGCAUGGUUGUAGAUGAUAACGUCAGCACAACUGCCAAACUCAAUGUUGAAGGAGCCCCACUGGAGAUCCUGAAGCAGCUGGAGAGCACAGAGGUUCCUGAGACAUACUCUGGAGAGUUUGAGUGUGUCGUGUCUCGUGAGGAUGCUGAAGGCAGCUGGUUCUUUGGAGAAAAGCUGCUCUCUCCCAGCAAUAAAUAUGUCAUGACCUCCCGCCGUGGAAGACACGCCCUAUCCGUCAAAGAUGUCAAGAAGGAGGAUCAAGGAAAAUACACCUUCAAAGUGGCCGAGUUCAAGACAAGUGCCUCACUGAAGAUGAAAUUGCGUCCGGUGACCUUGAUUCAGCCUCUGACAGACCUGACCAUCUGCGAGGGUGACAUUGCUCAGCUGGAGGUCAAGUUCUCCCAGGAGAACGUUGAAGGAACCUGGAUGAAGAAUGGACAACCAGUCACAGCCUCCAACCGUGUGCACAUUGUUAUUGACAAACAGAUCCACAAACUUCUGAUUGAAGACACCAGCAAGGAUGACUUUGGAAUGUACUCCUUUGUGGUUCCUGAUCAGGCAAUUUCAACAUCUGCAAAGCUGGUCAUUCAGACAAUCGGUGUCUUAAUUCCACUGAAAGACACCAGUGCCGUUGAGGGCACCAAGGCUGUCUUGGAGACCAAGAUCUCCGCUCAGGACGUCAGCUCAGUGAAAUGGUACCACAACGACAAACUGCUGACACCCAGUGACCGAAUCCAAAUGGUGGCAAAGGGAGCCAAGCAGCGCCUGGUCUUCAACAGGACCUAUGCCUCAGAUGAAGGACACUACAAACUUGUGGUUGGCCGAGCCGACACCAGCUGCAAAUUCUCUGUUCAGACUGUCCAGAUUGUAAAACCGAUGAAGAACAAGGAGUGCUCAGAGUCUGAAAACGUCACAUUUGAAGUCGAGGUUUCUCAUCCAGGCAUCGAUGCCUUCUGGACUUUCAAGAGGCAGCCACUCAAAGCCGGCGCCAAGUACAAGAUGGAGUCCAAGAACAAGCGCCACACCCUGACUGUCAUGAAUGCAAUGAAGGAUGAAGAGGGCGAGUACAUGUUUGCUGCUGGUGAGAAAAUGUGUACUGGUACACUCACUGUAUCAGGUGGCGCUAUCAAGAAGCCCCUGCGUGAUUUGGUGGUGGCUGACUCCCAGACCGCCGUGCUAGAGUGUGAAGUAGCCAACCCCUCAGCUGAGGGCAAGUGGCUGAAAGACGGCCAGCCUGUCGACUUCAACGAGAACACUCUGAGCGAAGUGAAAGGUGCCGUCAGAUGCCUCGUCAUCAUCAUCACUAAAGCCACCGACAUCGGAGAGUACACCUAUCAGGUCGCCACCUCCAAGACCUCAGCCAACCUGAAAGUCGAGGCUGUGAAGGUCAAGAAGACCCUUAAAAACCUGAACGUGGUCCAGACUCAGGAGGCAGUAUUUAGCCUGGAGCUGACCCACGAAGACGUGAGGGGAGCUCAAUGGAUCAAGAACGGCAUUGAGAUUCAGCCCAGUGAUAAAUUUGAGAUCACAAUUGAAGGCACAGUCCACACCCUGAAGAUAAAGAACUGUACCACACAGGAUGAGUCUGUUUACUCUUUCAAACUGGGAAAACUGUCUGCAAAUGCCAGGCUGAACGUUCAAACCAUCAAGAUCCUGAAGAAGCCAAAGGAUGUGACAUCACUGCUGGGUGCAACUGCCGUAUUUGAGAUGGGCAUCUCUGAGGACGACAUCCCCGUGAAAUGGAUGUUUAACAAAGUAGAGCUGAAGCCCAAUGAGCACUACAAUAUGCUCUCUGAGAAGAAGACCCACAAACUGAUUGUCCAAGAUGUGGACAACAGCAAAGAGGGAGAGUACACCGCUGUGGUGGGCCACCUCCAGUGCAGUGCUUGCCUCCGCGUCGAGUCCCUGCGUGUGACACAGCCCAUGAAGAGCGUGGCGGUCCCUGAGACACAGGUAGCCACAUUUGAAUGUGAAGUCUCUCACUUCAACGUGUCGUCCACCUGGCUGAAGAACGGUGUGGAGAUCGAGAUGAGUGAAAAGUUUAGAAUUGUGGUUCAGGGAAAACUCCACCAGCUGAAGAUCAUGAACACCAGCAGGGACGACUCCGCAGAGUACACAUUCGUCUGUGGGAACGACAAAGUCUCUGCAACUCUAACCAUUAACCCCAUCCUCAUCACAACAAUGCUGCAGAACCUGAACGCUCAGGAGAAAGACACAGUCACCUUCGAGGUGAAUGUCAACUACGAGGAAAUCACAUACAAAUGGCUGAAGAACGGUGUGGAGAUCCGGUCCACGGACAGAUGCCAGGCUCGCUGCAAACAGCUCACUCACACUCUGAGCCUCAGAAACGUUCACUUUGGAGACAGCGCAGAGUACACCUUCAUGGCUGGCUCUGCAGUAACUACAGCUAAACUCUAUGUUGAGGCCCGUGUGGUUGAAUUCACCAAACACCUGAAGGACCUGAAGAUUACAGAGAAGAAGAGAGCGACAUUUGAAUGUGAAGUUUCUGAACCCAACAUCCAGGUGAUAUGGAUGAAGGACGGUCAGGAGCUGGAGAUGUCCGACAGAUAUAAAAUUACAUCGGAUAAGUUUGUGCACCACCUGGUUGUACCAUCAGUCCGCCUGUCUGACGCCGGAGAAUACACCGCCGUGGCUGGGUCAAGCGUUUCCAAGGGCCACCUGGGAGUCGAGGGACGUGACGUCAAAAUCUCAGAGCCUGCUAGCAGAGACAUCACUGUUGUUGAGAAACAAAGGGCAACCUUUGAGUUUGAGGUGAAUGAGGAUGAUGUGGAGGGUCGCUGGAUGAGAAAUGGAGUGGAGAUCCAGUUCUCAGUGGAGGAGAGGUUCACCUACGCCACCAUCAGGAAGCUCCACCGCCUCACCAUCUCUGAGACCUACAGGAGUGACGCAGGAGAGUACACCUUCCUAGCUGGCAAAAACAAGAGCACCAUGAACCUUCAUGUCAGACUGCCAGAGCCUCCUCAGAUCAUCCGCCACAUGCAGCCCCAGACAGCAACGUCGGGUAGAUCGGUUCGCUUCUCGGUGCAGGUGAGCGGCAUCCCUCAGCCCCAGGUGUUCUGGUACAAAGACUCCCAGGCUCUGUCCGCCGGUUACAAGUGCAAGUUCCUCCAUGAUGGAGACGAGCACACGCUGCUGUUGCUUGAAGUCUUCCCCGAGGACGCCAGCACCUACAGCUGCGAGGCCAAGAAUGACUACGGACAGGAGACAAGCUCUGCCCCACUCACUGUGGAAGUUCCUGAAGUGGUUGAAACUGCGGCUCGGGUCUCUGCUCCGGUACUCAUUUCUCCAAUACGGGACAUCCUGGUCACAGAGGGACACCCUGCCCAGUUCCAGUGCACCGUCUCUGGGGAAGAUCUACAGAUUUCUUGGUUUUGUAAUGACAGAGAGAUCAGACAGUCAGACAUCUUCAGCAUGUCUCAUUAUGGUGAUACCUGUCAGUUGGAGAUUUCCAGAGCUCUCCCCAACCAUGAAGGAGAGUAUUCAUGUGUUGCCACAAAUUCGGCAGGAAUGGCCACAUGCACCGCAACUUUGAAUAUUGAUGUAACUGCAGUGGAGAAGGAAUCUACAGUUCUGGUCCAUGAGGAAGUUAAAGUGAAACCUGUGUUCAGACACAGAAUUGCCCCUGUGGAGAUCAACAUUGGCAACACUGCCAAGUUUGACUGUGAAACUGAGGAUGCUCCGAAUGUGAGCUUCAAGUGGUUCAAAGAUGGACACCCCAUCAAAGAGGGUGAUAAGUACAGGAUUAUCAGUCGCUUUAAUACUUCCUCUCUGGAACUCCUGAGCCCAACCAAGGACGAUAGUGGCGAAUAUUCCUGCAAGGCGUCCAAUCAGCACGGCAGUGACGAAUGCUCUGCCUCUCUCAGCGUGACAGAACAAUUCCCUCCAUCCUUUAUAACUAAACCUGAGGCUCAGACUAUGUAUGUUGGAAAGAGAGCAGUGAUACAGUGUGUAAUAACAGGAUCUGCUCCACUGAAUGUAGUCUGGCUCAAAGGCAACCAGGCCUUACCCAAAGAGUCUCCAAACUACCAGACCUCUUGUGAAAAGAAUAAGCACACUCUUGGGAUAACCAAACUUGAGCCAGCUGACACGGGGCUUUAUGUGUGCAAGGUGUCUAAUAAUGUUGGGUCAGCUGAGUGCAGCAUGGAGCUGCGUGUGAUUGAUAAACCCAACUUUGUGAAGCCCCUGGGUCCGAUCGCUGCUGUGGUCGGAGCUUCUCUACACCUGGAGUGCCAGGUGGAUGAGGACACCGGAGUAACUGUCACCUGGACCAGAGAUGGUAGAAAAGUGCACCAGUCUCCGGACUGUAAACUGUCUUUUGAGAAUAAGACAGCCACUCUUGAUAUCCUAAAAACCAUAUUGAAAGAUUGUGGGAAUUAUGUGUGCACGGUGACAAAUGAAGCUGGUAGUGCAACUUGCUCCACUUCAGUGAAGGUCCAAGAGCCACCAGUCUUUGUAAAGCGGCUCGAGGCCACCACAGUUUGGAAGAAAGGCAGCACUGCACGGCUGCAGUGCACCGUCAAAGGAUCCCCUGAACUUCACACCAGCUGGUUCUUUAAUACCAGUGAGCUGUCUGCUGGUGGCCGAUAUAAUAUCAGUCUGAAGGAUGGUGUCGCCACUCUUGAGAUAAAGGAUGUCAUGUUAAGUGACAGUGGAAACUACACAUGUGAGGUUCUCAAUGAGUCUGGGUGUGAAAGCUGCAGCACUAAAGUAACCGUGAAAGAACCGCCAUCUUUCAGAAAGGAACUACUCUCCAUAGAGGCAGUCAGAGGAUCUGUAGCUGUCUUGGAGUGUGAUAUUGCAGGCUCAACACCAUUGGAGGUGGCCUGGAAAAAGAAUAAGAAACGCCUGUCCGCAGAUAAGAAAUACAGAAUAGUGUCACAGGGGUCCCUGGCCUCUCUGGAGAUCCACUCAUUUGAGAGUGCUGACGCUGGUGAAUACGAAUGUGUCGUAUCAAAUGAGGUUGGGUCAGUAACCUCAAAGUCAGUGGCUAAACAGAGAGAGCCACCUAUGUUCUCAAAGAGGAUUGAGAGUGCUACAGCAGUGUUGGGAAAUACAGUGAAGCUACAGGGAACCCUGAAAGGCUCAGCUCCCAUCACUAUAAAAUGGAUGAAAGACUCUAAUAUGCUAAGAGAUGACGAUGCAAAUGUCAAAAUGGCAUUUGAGAACAACAUUGCUAGCAUUUCCUUCUCUUCUGUUGAGAUAAAGCAUGGCGGCAAGUAUACUUGUCUGGCUGAAAACGAGGCAGGACAGCAGAAAUGUGAAGCUGUCUUAACAGUUCAAGAACCUGCUAGGAUCUUAGAGAAAGCGGCGUCCAUCAGUGUGACUGCCGGGGAUUCGGCCACAUUGGAGUGCACGAUUUCUGGAACCCCAGACCUCAAAGUGAAAUGGUUCAAAGACGGCAAAGAGAUGAUCAGUGGCCGUAAAUAUAAAAUGACGGUGAAGGAAAACACAGCUGUCUUAAAGAUUCUCACAGCAGAUAAAGGCGACACGUCAGAGUACAAGAUGGAGGUGUCCAAUAAAGUUGGAAAAGACCAGUGCACCUGUUCAGUCACCGUUAUAGAUCGUGCAGUUCCACCAUCCUUCACCAAAACUCUAAAGAAAGUGGAUGCGAGUAUUGGUAGUAAUGUUACCUUGGAAUGCAGAGUUUCUGGAUCUCAGCCGCUGGUUUUUUCUUGGUACAAAGACAAUAAAGAAAUCCACAGUGAUGACAAAUAUAAGCUUGAUUUCAGUGAGAGUACAGUCUCUGUGACGAUAACUGGCCUGGAGCAAAGUGACGGUGGAAUUUAUACAUGCCGGGCUGCUAAUGACUCUGGAGAAAAAGAGACCAGUGGUACUUUGUCCGUCAAAGAACCUCCAGUCUUCACAUUGAAACCUGAAUCCCAGGAUGCUUCACCAGGAUCAAAUGUUGUCAUAAAAUCAGCCUUUACAGGCUCAGCUCCACUGGUUGUUAAAUGGUUCAGAGAGGAGAAAGAGAUUUUCACUGGUGGAAAGUGUUUCAUAAAGAAAGAUGCCUCUUCGAGCUCUUUGGAGCUUCACUCUGUGAAAUCCAGUGACUCUGCUAAAUACACAUGCCAAGUGUCCAAUGAGGCUGGGAAGGUGGAUUGCACUGCAGUCCUCUUUGUAAAAGAAGCUCCAACAUUUACAAUGAAGCUUGAGCCUUCAGUGCUGCUGAAAACUGGCCAACCUCUGAAGUUGUCUUGCAAAGUACAGGGCACUCCUGUUAUUAACAUCACAUGGUUUAAAAAUGGCUCCAAAAUUGCUUCAGACCACAGACACACAAUGUCCUUUGACAGCUCCAUAGCAACUCUGGAGGUAGAGAACUGUUCUGUAGAGGACAGUGGAGAUUAUGUCUGUAUGGGGUCCAGCCAGGCCGGCCAAGACCAGUGCAGCAGCUCAGUCACAGUUAAAGAGCCUCCUGUGUUUGUGAGGCCUUUCCAAUCAGCUGAGCUUGUAAAUGGAUCCGACAUUAUCUUGGAGGGAACCGUCUCAGGUUCCGCUCCAUUUGAAAUAAGUUGCUUGCUCAAUGAUAAGCUGAUCAGACAAGACCAAGGGCAUAAGAUCAGUGUUGAAAACAACACCAUCACUCUUCAGAUCUUAAACUGUGAGAGCGGAGACGCUGGGACAUACCAGUGCACCGUUGCAAAUGAUGUUGGAGAGACUUCUUGUUCUUGCCAGAUUUCACUGAAAGAAUCACCGUCAUUUGUUCAGAGACUAGAGGAUAUGUCCUGCAUGGUGGGCUCUGAGAUCUCUAUGAAGUGCAUGUUGUCUGGAUCACUUCCCAUGACUUUCUCCUGGAUCAAGGACGAUCAUGAGCUCACAGAAGACGAACAUGUUAAGAUGUCCUAUGAAAUCAAAAGUGCCGUGUUGAAUUUGAAAAAUGCUCAGUUAUCACACGGUGGGAAAUAUGUCUGUCAGGCACAGAACAAAGCUGGGACUCAGAGAUGUGCCGCUGUACUCAUUGUGACAGAGCACAAAGUCCCUCCAAACUUCACCAAGAAGCCCUCUGAGUCCAUGAUGGAUUCUGUGGGCAAGACGGUGAAGAUGGAGAGUCGGGUGUCUGGUUCCCAGCCAAUCACCGUCACAUGGUACAAGGACAACAAUGAAAUCUACGGCUCUGACAAAUACGAUGUCAGCUUCAAGAACAACCUGGCCAUGCUGUGUGUCAGAGACUCCUCCAGCUCUGACAGCGGUGUGUACACCUGCGAGGCCUCCAAUGAAGCUGGAAAAGCUUCAUGUCGGGUUUCUCUCUCCAUCUCAGAAACUAGCCAAGCUCCAAAGUUUGAUGUCCCUCUGGAACCGGUGACAGUGAGCGAGGGCGAGAAGCUGAGCCUAAAAUGCCACGUCAGAGGCACCCCUCCACUGACCAUCCAGUGGAUGAAGGACAGGAGGGAGCUGAAGUCCAGUGGAAACACCAGAAUCACAUUUGUUGGUGGGACAGCCUGUCUGGAGGUUAGCCCAGUCUCAAAAACUGACGGAGGGGAUUACCUCUGCAAGGCCAGCAACGCUACUGGCAGUGACUUUUGCAAAUCCAAAGUCACUGUGAAAGACAAAGGAGCCAAGGCUGCCCCCACAGAGGCUGCUGCCGCAUCUGCUGCUGCCGCAGUCAAAAGGCUGGACAACCUUUUCUUCAUCGAGGAACCUAAAAACAUUUCUGUCACAGAAAAGGGCACCGCAACUUUUAUUGCCAAGAUUGGGGGAGACCCGAUUCCCAGCGUGAAGUGGAUGAAGGGCAAAUGGAGGCAGGUCACCCCUGGUGGUCGUAUCUCCAUUGAGCACAAGGGCCAGGAUGCCAAAAUGGAGAUCAGAGAGGUGACCAAAUCUGACUCUGGUCAGUACAGAUGUGUCGCCACCAACAAACAUGGAGAGAUUGAGUGCAGCGCUGAGAUGGAGGUCACCAAGAAGGAGGAAAUGGAAGGAAUUGGAGACAUAAGGACAAGGCUGAAGAAGACUCCCUCGAAGCAGAAGAGUCCCAAGAAAGAGGGAGACAUCGAUAUUGUAGAGUUGCUGAGAGGUCACGACCCCAAAGAUUACGAGAAAAUCCUGCGGGAGCAUGGCAUCCACGACUACCGCGCCAUCCUGCAGGCCGUGGAGUUUCUCAAGAGGGAGAAGGAGAUGCAGUCUGGAAAAGCGGAGGUGGAGCAUGGUGGCCGGGUUGAGGAGGAGGACAUGGCCCGACUCAUCCAGCAGCUGGAGGGACGUGUCGGCACAGAGCCCGUCUCUGUGAUGGAGGACAUCAGUGACCAGACGAUAACCGAGAACCAGAGCGCCACCUUUGAGUGCUGCAUCCGGAUCAACUAUCCGGAGAUCACCCUCACCUGGUACAAAGGCACCCAGAAACUGGACAACAGCGACAAGUACGACAUCAGCACUGUGGGCGACCGCCAUUAUCUGAAGAUCAAGAACUGCCAGGUCAAAGAUCAGGGCAACUAUCGCGUGGUGUGUGGUCCUCACAUCUCCAACGCCAAGCUCACUGUCACAGAAGAGAAAAAACCUGUGGAAGAGAUUGUUGAGAGGACUCUGAUAAGAGAAGAAGUCCCUAAAGUUCCUGAGGUUCACAGGAGACCAGAGGAGAAACCCUCUGAGCCUGCAGCUCCGCCUCCAGCUCCAGCCAAAGUACCCGAAGCAAAGAAGCCGCAGCCUGAAGUCGUCGCUCUGCCUCAGCGUGAGGAACCUCCGGCCCCAAAAGAACCUUCAGUAUACAUCAAACCAGAACCAGAACAGGACAAAGUGACCGUUCACAGAAAGGUCACUCCUGAACUGUAUCAACCUACAGUGGAGUCAAAAACGGUUCCGCAUCAGCCUAAGGUGGCGGCUCAGAAGCCGGCAGCACCUGAGCCGAAAAUUAAGCCUGAACCCAAAGCACCGAAAGUUGAACCUGCCAAGAAAACACCAGAAGCCCCUGAACGGAGAGCUGUAGCCAAACCAGAGCAACUUGUAGUUCAGCCAGUUGCUGCCAAGAUUACCUCAACAAAGACUGAAGAUAGUUUACCAAAAGCACCAGAACUACCAAAGCCUGAAGCACCUGUAGUUCACCCAACUGCAGCCAAGGUUGCUCCCACAACACCGGAACAUCUUCCAGCUAAAGUGCAAGAUGUACCCAGACCAGAAGAACCCAAGGCCACUCCACCCAAGGCUGAAGCUGUUCCAACUAAAGUUGUCCCAGAACCAAAGACAUCUGAACCUUCAAGAAAACCACAUCUGCUGGCUAGUAAACCUGAACCAGAAGCACCGAGGUAUAUCUGUCAAACAAAACCAGAAGAACGGAAGAUGGUCCUGGAAAAACCUAAAAAAGUUUUGGAAGAAAUGAAGAGCAUUGCUGAGGUGCCUCAGAAGGUUCAAGAAACACCAAAACGGGUUCCUGAAGAACCCAAGAAAGUACAAGAAGGAACAGAGAUGGUUCCUGAAGCACCAAAGAAGUAUCCAGAAACACCAAAGAAGCUUUCAGACACACAAAAGAAGGUACCAGAAGAACCAAAGAAGGUCCCAGAAAAACCUAAGCAGGUUGUAGAAGAAACAAAGACAGUUGCUGAGGUGCCAAAGAAGGUUCAAGAAACACCAUUUAGGGUUCCUGAAGAACCCAAGAAAGUACUAGAAGAAACACAGUUGAUUCCUGAGGCACCAAAGAAGCUUCCAGGAAUACCAAAGAUGAUCCUAGAAGAACCAAAGAAGUUUCCUAUAACACACAAAAUGGUUACAGAGCCACCAGUAGAGCUGGAGAAAAGUCUAGAGGCUCCGAAAUUAGUAACAGAAGAACCAGAGCUACACCGCAGAGCACCAAAACAAACAGCAGAUUUGGAAACACCAAAACAAAUUCUUCAGGCUAAAAAGCCUCAGCAAAAAGUAAAACAGAGGGAGAUACCACAGGAAACAACAGCACUAGCUAAACCAAAGCUGGAGACGGGUACACCCAUCAAAGCAGUUCCCUUGAAGACUGACCUUAAGCAAACAACAGAUGUACUUGAAUACAGCAGGGAGGCUUCUCUAAAGAGGGGUCAAGUAGAAAGAAUUUCUCUGGAAGAUGAAGUUGGACAUAGGCAAGAACAAGUCAGCACAUAUGAAAGGGGAGUGGAGUUCAGGGAGUCCAUCGUGAGAGAAGAAACCACUUUGAAAAGGGAAAUAAGACAAGAAAUGGUUCUUGCAAAAGAUGAGGCUUUUACAUGGUACAGUGAAGAUCAGCAUGUUGAGCCAUUAGAGGACAUUGAACUAACAUGCUCAGAAUAUGAGUCUGAAAAACUGGAGAGCACUGAAUCUCAGGAUGAUGAAGCCUUUGUUCCAGAGGACAAAGCAGUAGACCUGAGAGAAGAAAUUUCUUUAAGGGAAGCUGCCCUUCUUCCAUCAAAGAGAGUCGCACCACCUGAAAUGACUUGUCCCACAAAGAAAGACGUUUUUGGAUUGACAGUCAAAAAAGAGGUACUGGCUUACAAGAAACCUCAAGAAAGAAAGUUAAAGGAAGCUGACAUUCCUCUAACAUAUGCAGAGCACAAAGAAGUAACUGAAUCAUUUGUACCAAAACAUCAUGAAGAAAUUGAAAAAGAAUUUGUGUCUCUAAUGGAGGAUCUUGUUAAACCUAAAAUCUCUGCUACAUCUAAAGAAGUCACUGUACCAAAGAAGCCAGUAAUACCUAAAGAAGUAACUCUUGUGAAGCAAGCUGAAGUGGAAGAAGUUGCAUCUGUAAGAGCCAUGCCUCGUAGAGAAACCGUUUCACCUCAACCUGACCAAGACUUACCUCAGAUUCUUCCCAAAACUAUUCCUUCUCAUCCUGCAACAGCUGUUCCUCCAAAUCAAAAAGCAAAAACAACUAAAAAGAGGGAGUCUCCAAAGGAAGAAAUCAAGACAACUUCUAAAGCUGCUGAAAAAAUGUAUCUUAAAGACAUUGUACCUUUGGAGAAACCAACUCGUGUGUCAGAAAAACUGUCUUUUGAAGAACGUGUAGCAGCAGUGUCACCUCCAGUUCCAGCUCGAAUUCCUUCAACUGAGAAAGUAGUUUGUCCUGAGGAAGAAAUUCCACCACCACAACAAAGUGUUCUGCCUACAAAGAAGACAUUCCCUCCACUUCCCAAAGCAGUUGUUGGUCCUAAAGAAGACUUUUCCGCUGAGGAAGUGAGUCUUCCCAAGAAACCUAUCACUAAAGACAAGGUUCCUCCAACUAAACAAUCUCAAGUUCCAACAGAAAGAAAACCUCUUCUACCUGAAGAAACUUUUCAAUCGAAGAAACCCACCUGUCUGGCACAAAAGAUAAUCACCCCCAAGGUGGAUUCCUCUAAAGAAGCGAGAAUUACCACAACUAAACCUCCACCAAUAAGAGAAGAUGACAAGAAAGCAACGGGAACACAGGACACUGAACAACAAACUCUUCAGAAAGUGUCUCCUCCAGAGGAAAAGAAACCAUCUGCAACAGCACCGCCUCCUCCUCCUCCUGCUCCUGCAGCCAAAGUUCCUCCUCCUACAGUAUCUCACCCAGAGGAGAAGAAACCAUCUGCACCAGCACCAAAACCUUCACCUCCUCCUCCUGCUCUUGCAGAGAAAGUUGCUCCUCCUGCAGUGUCUCCUCCAGAGGAGAAGAAACCAUCUGCACCAGUACGAAAGCCUUCAGCUCCGGCUGCUCCUGCAGCCAAAGUCGCUCCUCCUCCAGUGUCUCCUCCAGAGGAAAAGAAACCAUCUGUACCAACACCAAAGCCUCCAGCAGAAAAAGUUGUUCCUACUGCAGCUCAAGUUGCACCGGUGGAGAAGAAACCCUCUCCACCAGCCGCAAAGGCUGAACCCUCUCCUGUAUCACAAAAAAUCUCUCCGCCUGAAGACAAGGAACCAGUUUCAGCACCUGGACCAACUAAAGUGCCACCUCUUAAGCAAAAGGGUAAGAUUCCUGUUCAGGAAGCAAAAACACCUGAAUCACCUAAAUUGAAGAGUAAGUUCACCAGAAUACCCAAGGAGAAGGAAGCAGAACCAGAGGUCAUUACGCUGAAAAAGGUUCCAGUGAAACCUCCAGAGCCCGAGAAACAAGUUGUAACUCAUAUGGCACAGGUGACGAGGCAUCACGAUCUGGAGCUAGCGGUUCAUGGACUUCACGACAGAGAAGAUCGUGAGAUAACAACACUUGGAAGAACUGAACGAGUCUUCACUGCUGAGGAGGAGACAGUUCAGUUAGGCUUUUUUGAAGAAGUUGAAAGGGUUACAGUUGUACAGAAAACCGAGAAAGAAGGAUGGACAAGAACCCCAAAAGCACAGAAGGAGGAAGAACUCGAGGUGCCAAAUGUAGAUAAGAAGAAAAUAACUAAACUGCCAAAGGCGGAUGAGCAGAAAGAAUCAGUCAAACUAAAACCAUUUGAAAAACCAGGAAAACCAGAAGAAAAACCACAACAGAUAAAGCUAAAAAAGGUGCCAACUAAGCCCAAAGAGCCUGAGAAGGAAGUCAUAACUCAAGUUGAAGUGACAAGACAUGAUACCGAACUGACUGUUCAGAAGCUUCAUGACAGACACGAUCGAGAGGUAAUAACAGUCGGAAGAACUGAAAGAGUGUUCACUGCAGCUGAAGAAGCAUCUGAACUUGGUCAGAUGGAGGAACCUGAAAAGAUAGAAGCAGAAAAUGAGAAAUCGAGAUGGAUAAGAACCCCUAAAGCACCGAAAGAUGGAGAACCUGAGCCUGAUUUAACUAAAAAGAAAAUAAAGAAAUUGCCAAAGAAAGAGGAGGAGCCAGAAGUAGUGACACUGAAACCAUUUGAAAAACCUCAGAAACCCGACGCCGCUGAACCUCCAACAGCUAAGACAGAAGGUGAAGCUAAGACAGAUACUGAACGCACUCCAUUCAAGAGAGCUGAGACACUACAGAAAGAUCAACCUACCGCUGCUGUAAAGCACAGAAAAGAUAAAGACGCUCCCUUGACGAGUCCAAAGUCAACUCCUGAUGUCAGCAACGACCAAGAGGAGUUCCCGCAGAGGACAAAGGUUAAUAAAGUACCCAAAGACGAAGAACCUACAGCUGCCGACAAGCUUUGCGGAAAACCUAGAAUUAUUUCAACUCCAGAUAAAGAGAAAGAGCAGGUUGUGUUGAAGCCUUUCACCAAAGUCGGCAAGCCGGAAGAAAAGCCAGAUAAAACAUCUGAGGAAGAAAAAAAGAAGCCUGUGGACACAAAGGUACCCAGUCGAACUCCAAGGGAUGAAUCUCCUAAAGAACCAAAGGAAGAGCAGCUUAGGAAAGUUGAAGCGUCUAAAAAAGAGGAUGAGAAACCUCGGGAGAAAGAGGAGCCAGCUGUUCCACCAAAGAAACCCAGUCCAUUAGAAAAGAAAGAAGCUGAGAAAGAGAUCCCACAAAAACAAACAGAUACAUUAAAGAAAGGUAUUGAACUCAAAAAGACUCCUUCCCCAAGAGUGGGUAAAGACAAGAUCGAAGAAGUAAAGUCACUUAAACCUAUUGAGCAACUGAAGAAGGUCGAGCUAAAAAAGACUCCAUCACCAAAAGUUGAUAAGCCAAAACCAAAGGAACUGGAGCAAGUCCCCAUUGAGAAGAAAUUAAGUGCUGAAAAAGUCAAAAGGAUUCCCAAAACGGUGUCACCAAAAGACUCCAUUGAAGCUGUAACACUCAAAAAGGUCCCAAAGAAGCCAUCACCAGAGGAGACAGAAUCGGAGAAGCCCGGUAAAGGACGGAUCCCCCUGGUAAAGGAGGUUUCUCCUGGAGCUGUGCAGAUGAAGAAGGUGCCCACUCAGCCAGAGGAGGAGGUGUUUGAAGAGGAGGCAGAAGAAAUGGAAGGUGGCGAAGAAGAGGAAGCCUGGGGCUGGGAGCUGGUUCCCAUGGAGGACUGGGAAGGUGAAGGGGUGGAUGGGGCGUUGGAGACUCCAGGCAUGCCCGGCAGUAAACGAGAUGGAAAACCAACAGAGGAGCCACCAAAAGGCAGAGGCAGAGGAUUUGGGGCGAGACAAACCCCAUCACCUGGUGACGGUGGCAGGGGCCGCGGCCUGAGGCCCGGCGGUAAAGGCCCAUCACCACCGGAGGAACCGUUUGGAGGAUUCAAGUUGAAAGCCGUCCCCCUGAAGUUCGUCAAGAAGAUUCAGGACAUCGUGCUGCAGGAGGCCGAGUCCAUAGGCUCGUCUGCUGUGUUUGAGUGUGAGGUCUCUCCCUCCACUGCCAUCACUUCAUGGAUGAAGGAUGGCAGCAACCUCCGUGAGGGCCCCAAACACAAAUUCACAGCUGAUGGCAAAGACCGCAAGUUGAACAUUAUUGAUGUCCAACUGUCAGACACCGGUGAAUAUACCUGUGUGGCCAAGAAUGCCGGCAAGGAAAUAACAUGCACUGCCAAGCUCAUUGUUGAAGAGCUGCCUGUAAAAUGGAUCAAAGAACUGGAGCCGGAAACAUCAUGUAUGAAGGGUCAGCCUAUGUACCUGACCUGUGAGUUGAACAAAGAGAGAGAUGUGAUCUGGAAGCGUAACGGUGCUGUCCUGAAGAAAAAGGCUGGAAAAGUGGCCAUUAAUAUCAUUGGUAUGCAGCACGCUGUGACCAUCCAGAACUCCACUGAAGAAGACGCCGGCAACUACACCUGUGAGGUAGAGGGACAGGAGGACGUUAAGACUACAACCAACGUGAAAGUGAUUGAAAUCAUCAAAGACUGGCUGGUGAAGCCUCUGAGAGACCAGCAUGUGAAACCAAAGGCCAAAGCCCAGUUCAAAUGUGAGCUGUUCAAGGACACUCCCAACUGGAAGUGGUUCAAAGGAGAAAACGAGCUCACUCCUUCUGACAAGGUGGAAAUCAACAAAGAUGGAAAGGACAUGACACUUACCAUCAACAACUGCCAGCCCAAUGACGUCUCAGAUUAUACCAUCGAGGUUGAGGAUCGCAGAUACACGGCCAAACUCACGCUGGGAGAACGUGAGGCUGAGAUCUUGAAGCCCCUCUCCAGCGUGGAGGUGGUGGAGAAGGAGGAAGCUCACUUUGACACUGAAAUAUCUGAGGAUGAUGUAGCCGGUGAAUGGAAACUGAGGGGCCAGGUGUUGAUGAGAUCUCCGACCUGUGACAUUAAGACUGAAGGCAAGAAACGUUUCCUCACGUUGAAGAACGUCCAGUUGGAUCAGGCUGGUGAAGUGUCCUAUCAGGCUCUGAACGCCAUCACCAGCGGCAUGCUCACCGUCAAAGAGGGCGACGCCAUCUUCGUGGUGAAGCUGCAGGACUACACAGCCACCGAGAAAGAGGAGGUUACUCUGGACUGCGAACUGAGCAAAGAUGUCCCCGUCAUUUGGUAUUGCAGUGAGAAGGAGAUUGUCGCCUCCAAAAUGGUGGUCAUGAAGUCUGAGGGCACUCGCAGGUCUCUGAUCCUGAAGAAAGUGGAGCUGAGCGAUAAAGGCAAAUAUGUAUGUGACUGCGGAACGGACAAAACUUCGGCCAACAUCAAUAUUGAAGCUCGUGACAUUAAGGUGGUUCGGCCGAUUUAUGGCGUGGAGCUGUUUGAUGGAGAGACGGCUCGUUUCGAGGUAGAGAUCUCUGAGGACGACGUCCAUGGCCAGUGGAAACUGAAUGGAGAAGUCCUCAGUCCGUCCAAAGAUGUUGACAUCAUCGAGGAGGGAGGCAAGCACACGCUGAUCCUGUACAACUGUAAAGUCCCCAUGACCGGCGAGGUGGCGUACACCGCCGCCAACGCCAAAUGUUCUGCUAACCUGAAGGUCAAAGAACUUCCACUGAACUUCCUCACACCGCUGAGCGACGUUCAGGUGUACGAGAAGGACGAGGCGAGGUUCGAGAUCGAGCUGUCGAGACCUCCAAAGAGUUUCCGCUGGCUGAAAGGCUCUCAAGAGCUGAAGAGUGACGAUAAGUAUGAGAUGAUCCAGGAAGGAAACAUGUAUGUUCUGUUGAUCCGAUCGGCCGCCUAUGAUGACGAAGCAAAGUACAUGUUUGAGGCCGAGGACAAGAGGACGACCGGCAAACUGGUCAUACAAGGUAUUCGUUUGGAGUUUGCCAAACCGAUUAAGGAUGUGACAGUGAAGGAACGCGAAACAGCUGAAUUCAGUGUCGAACUCUCCCACGACAAGAUCACGGUGAUCUGGUACAAAAACGACGUCCGUCUGCAUCCCAGCAAGGUGGUCCACAUGUCGGAUCACGGAAAGAUCCACACACUGGCCUUCAAGGAGGUCACUAUCGAUGACACAUCCAUGAUCAAAGUGGAGGCCAUGGACAAGACCAUGACCGCCCUGCUCACCGUCAUCGAGGGCGACCUGUAUUUCACCACCAAGCUGCAGAACUACACAGCCGUGGAGAAGGAUGAGGUGAAGCUGGUGUGUGAACUCAGCAAGGCCGUCGCCGAUGUCAAAUGGUUCAAGGACGGGAAGGAGAUCACUCCCUCCAAGAACAUUGCCAUCAGCACCGAUGGCAAGAAGCGCAUCCUGACAGUCAGGAAGGCAGAGAAGGCCAACAUUGGAGAGUAUACCUGCGACUGUGGUUCAGAUAAAACCACAGCCAACCUCAACAUUGAAGAGCGGGACAUCAAGAUUGUUCGUCCGUUGUACAGUGUUGAGGUCACAGAGACAGAAACAGCCAAGUUUGAGACAGAAAUUUCAGAGGAAGACGUCCACGGAAACUGGAAACUGAAGGGAGAAGCUCUGCAUCAGUCUUCUGAUGUUGAGAUUAAGGAGGAAGGAACCAAACACAUGUUGAUCCUCUAUAAUGUCCGUAUGGACAUGGCGGGAGGUGUCGACUUCUCAGCAGCCAACGCCAAAUCCAACGCUCAGCUCCGAGUGAAAGCUCGCUCCAUCGGGCUGCGGCAUCCUCUGAAGGACGUGACGGUGACGGCUGGAGAGACGGCGACCUUCGAGUGCGAGCUGUCUUACGAGGGCAUCGCGGUGGAGUGGUUCCUUGGAGGAAAGAAGAUGGAGGCCAGUGACCGGGUGAAGACUCGGGUGGCCGGUUGCAUUCACACUCUGACCAUCAGAGACGUGAAGCUGUCGGAGGCCGGGGAGGUCAAAAUGACCUCCAAAGACUUCCUGACUCAGGCUCAGCUCAUCAUCAGAGAGCCGCCGGUGGAGUUCACAAAGCCUCUGGAGGACCAGACGGUGGAGGAGGAGGCCACUGCCACGCUGGAGUGUGAAGUUUCCAGAGAGAAGGCCGACGUUCGCUGGUUCAGAGAGGGACAGGAGAUCAGAAAGACCAAGAAGUACGACCUGAUCGUCGACGGACGUAAGAGAGCGCUGGUCAUCCAUGACUGCACUCCGGACGACGCAAAGAUGUACACGUGUGACGCCAAAGAGUUUAAGACUUCUUGUUUCCUGGAGGUUACACCUCCUCAUGUGGAGUUCACGAAGCCUCUGCAGGACGUGGAGGUCAAAGAGAAAGAAUCUGCUAAGUUUGAAUGUGAAGUGUCCCGCGAGUCUGCCAAGGUUCGCUGGUUCAAGGACGGCAGCGAGAUCAGGAAAGGAAAGAAGUAUGAGAUCAUCGCUAAGGGAGUCCAGAGGAUCCUCAUCGUCCACAAGUCUGUGUUUGACGAUGAGGCCGAGUAUGAAUGUGACGCCAGGACCUCCAAGACCUCUGCAUUGCUUACUGUCAUCGAGGAGGCAGCCAGGUUCACCAAGAACCUGUCCAAUGUUGAGGGAAUGGAGACGGACAGUGUGAAGAUGAUCUGCGAGGUGUCCAAGGCCAGUGCCGAGGUCACGUGGUACAGAGGAGAAGAGGAGCUGCCAGAGGGCGGCCGCUACGAGCAGAUCAUGGAUGGACGCAAGAGGAUCCUGAUCAUCCAGGACCUGAGGUUGGAGGAUGCCGGAGAGUACAACUGCAGGCUGAGUACAACGGUCAAGACGUCCGCCACACUCAAACUCAACGAACUUGCAGCCGAAUUCAUCGCCCGUCCUCAGAACCAGGAGGCGGUGGAGGGUGAGAAGGCCGAGUUCGCCUGCUCCGUUUCCAAAGAAACCUACGAGGUAAAAUGGUUCAGAGGUGACAAGGAGCUCGAGUCCGGGGACAAAUAUACCAUCAUCAGCGAAGGAAAGAGAAGAGCUCUUAUUGUGAAAAACUGCGAACUGAAGGAUGAGGGAGGUUACGUUGCCCACAUCGGGAGCGUUAAAGCCUCGGCUGAUCUGUAUGUGAUUGAAAAACUAAGGAUCAUCACGCCGAUUAAAGACACAGAGGUGAAGGAGGGAAGUGAGAUUGUGUUCAACUGUGAGAUGAACACAGAGGGAGCGAAGGCCAAGUGGCUGAAGAACGAGGAGACCAUAUUCGAGAGCAGCAAGUACAUGAUGUCUCAGAGGGACAAUGUCUUCUCUCUGAGGAUCAAAAACGCCCAGAAGGCCGACGAGGCCAGCUACACCAUCAACCUGACCAAUCAGAGAGCAGAGCAGGCCAAAUGCACUGCCAGAGCUAAAGUCGCAGAGGAGAAGUUGAAAUUCCUGGACCCCAUCGAGGACAUCGAGACUCAGGAGAAGAAGACCAUCAGCUUCAUCUGUAAGGUGAACCGGCCAGAAGUGACAGUGAAGUGGAUGAAGGCCGGCCAGGAGGUGACGCUCAGCAAACGCAUUGUCUACAGAGUCGACAACCUCAAACACAGCCUGACCAUCAAGGACUGUGUGAUGGACGAUGAGGGCGAGUACACCGCCGUGGUCGGAGACGACAAGUGCGCAGCCGAGCUGAUCAUCAGCGAGGCACCGACAGACUUCACGGCACAGCUCAAAGACCAGACCAUCACAGAGUUCGAGGAUGCAGAGUUCACCUGCAAGCUGAGCAAGGAGAAGGCUGUGGUGAAGUGGUACAGGAAUGGACGGGAGAUCAGAGAAGGACCCAGAUAUCACAUGGAAAAAGAAGGCAAGAUGUGCAGACUGAUCAUCAAGGUAUGCAGACCUGAUGAUGAAUGUGAAUAUGCCUGUGGUGUGGAUGAGAGGAGGACCAGAGCCAGGCUCUUUGUUGAAGAGACCCCAGUGGAAAUUGUCAGACCUCCUCACGACAUGUUCGAACCUCCGGGCUCAGACAUUGUGUUCGAGGUGGAGCUCAACAAGGACAGAGUGGAGGUGAAGUGGAUGAGGAACAACAUGAUCAUUGUCCAGGGAGACAAAUACCAGAUGAUCAGCGAGGGUAAAAUCCACAGACUGCAGGUUUGUGAGAUCAGACCUCGGGAUCAGGGAGAGUACAGGAUUGUGGCCAAAGACAAGGAUGCCAGAGCCAAGCUGGAGCUGGCAGCUGUUCCAAAGAUCAAAACUACUGACCAGAACCUCGUAACGGAUGCCGGUAAGCCUUUCGUCAUGAGCGUGCCUUACGACGCAUACCCUCGUGCAGAUGCUGAGUGGGUCUUUGCGGGCACCAGUCUGCCUGUGCAGAACAUUGACACCUCCAUCGAUAAGACUGAGUACCGCCUAAAGAGCCCCGGCAAGGAGGACCAGGGCCGGUACAAGGUGGUGAUUAAGAACAAGCAUGGCGUGGGAGAGGCAUUCAUUAACUUGGAUGUGAUUGACGUCCCCGGACCCAUCAAGAACCUGAGAGUGGUCGACACCACCGAUGGUGAAGUCAGUUUGGCCUGGGAGGAACCUGAGAGCGAUGGCGGAAGCAAGAUUAUCGCCUAUGUGGUGGAGAGACGAGAUGUGAAGCGUAAGACCUGGACCUUGGCUACAGACCGUGCUGAUACCCCAGAGUACUGUGUCAGCGGCCUCCAGAAGGACUCCAUGUACCUGUUCAGAGUCUGCGCCCGAAACAGAGUCGGCAGCGGACCCCUUGUUGCCCUCGAGGAUGCCGUCCAGGCCAAGAACAAGUUUGACGUUCCAGAUGCUCCGGAGAACGUAGCAGUCGCAACGGUGAACAGGUUUGGUGCCACUGUCACUUGGGAGCCUCCCAGGUUCGACGGCGGCUCUGAGAUCACCGCCUAUGUGAUUGAGCUCCGUGACAGGACCUCUGUAAAGUGGGAGGCAGCCAUGGUCUGUGGAGCCAAUGACCGCUCAGCAGCACUUAAUGACGUGGUGGAGAACAAGGAGUACAUUUUCAGAGUCCGAGCCGAGAACAAGGCUGGCAUCGGCAGGCCCAGCGCUGCGACCAACCCAGUCAAGAUAAUGGAUCCCAUUGAGAGGCCGAGCCCGCCUCUGAACCUGAACUUCAGUGACCAAGUCAAAACAUCAGUCACACUCACCUGGGAGACGCCCACCAGCAAUGGUGGCAGCAUGAUCACCGGCUACAUCAUUGAGAAAUGCGACGACGGCAUCUACAAGUGGCUCCGCUGCAACGCCAGACUUUGUCAGGACCUCUCUUACCGGGUGUCUGGUCUGAAACCGGGUCAGAAGUACUUUUACAGAGUUUGUGCUGAGAACGCAGCCGGUGUCUCCGAUCCAGCCGAGCAACUCGGACCGCUGCUCGCCGAUGACCCUCAUAUCGGUCCAACCUUUGACCUGAGUGCUUUCAGAAACGGUCUGGAGGUGAUUGUGCCCCAGCCUCUCACCAUCAGAGUCCCCAUCACCGGAUACCCAACCCCCGUCUCCACGUGGACCUUCGGAGAGAAGAAGCUGACCACCGCAGACGAUCGCGUCUCCAUGGUGACAAAGCCCACGUACACAGAGCUGACGGUCGUGCCGAGUGUCCGUCCAGACAAAGGCACCUACACCCUGCAGUUGGAGAAUGACGUUUCAUCUGUCUCUGGAGAGAUCGAAGUCAACGUCAUUGCAUGCCCCAGUGCUCCCAAGGACUUCAAGGUGGCUGAAGUAACCCGACAACACGUCCACCUGAUGUGGGAGGCUCCAGAGCACGAUGGAGGAAGUCCGGUCACCCACUAUCAGAUCGAGAAGAGAGAAGUGUCUCGCAAGACCUGGGCCAAGGUUGCAACCGGCAUCAUGGACCUGGAGCACACCAUAACAGAUGUAAUUGAAGGAAAGGAGUAUUUGUUUAGUGUUACCGCCUGCAACAAGUGUGGACCCGGAGAGCCGGCAUAUAUUGACGAGCCCGUCAAUGUGUCCUCUCCUGCCACUAUACCCGAUCCUCCUGAGAACCUGAAGUGGCGCGACAAGAGCAGCAAGAGCAUCUUCCUGUCCUGGGAGCCUCCGAAGUACGAUGGUGGUGCCCCAAUCAAAGGCUACGUGGUGGACAAGUGUCAGCGUGGUACUGAUAAGUGGGAACCCUGCGGCGAUCCCGUCCCAGAAUUGAAGUUCCAGGUGACCGGCCUGAUCGAGGGUCAGUGGUACGCCUACAGAGUCAGAGCUUUCAACAAACUGGGAGCCAGCCGACCAUGCCGAGCCACCGAUGAGAUCCAGGCCGUCGAUGCCAGAGAGCCUCCAGAGAUCCAGCUAGAUGUGAAGCUUCUGGCUGGUCUGACCGCCAGGGCUGGUACCAAGAUCGAGCUUCCAGCCGAUGUUAAAGGAAAGCCUGAUCCCCGGGUGAAGUGGACAAAGGCUGACCUGGUCCUGCGGGCAGAUGACCGCAUUACCAUCGACACCCAGCCGGGACACUCCAAGCUGUCCAUUGCUAAAACCACUAGAGGAGACACAUCUACCUACAUCAUCGAGGCAGUCAACGCCUGCGGACGUGCCACUGCCACCAUCGAUGUCAACAUUCUUGAUAAACCUGGCCCUCCAGCUGCCUUCGACAUCUCAGAGAUCACCAACGAGUCAUGUUCCCUGGCAUGGAACCCUCCCAGGGAUGACGGCGGCUCACCCAUCACUAACUACAUUGUGGAGAGUCGGCAGACAGACAAAGAGGAGUGGGUGAAGCUGUCAGCCACGGUGAAACACACCACUUUCAAGGCCUGCAAGCUCACAGCUAUGAAGGAGUACAUUUUCAGGAUCAGCGCUGAGAACCAGUACGGCAUAGGCGAACCUGCAGAGCAUACUCCAAUCAUUGCAAAGUAUUCCUUCGAUCCUCCUGGUCCUCCAACCAGAGUCACACCCUCUGACAUUGCGAAGGAUGCUGUGACACUGACCUGGUUUGAGCCGGAUGAGGACGGCGGCAAUCCCAUCACCGGAUACUGGGUUGAGAAGUUUGAUCCAGAGAGUGACAAGUGGAUCAGAUGCAACAAACUGCCCAUUAAGGACACAACCUUCAGGGUGAAGGGACUUCCCACCAAGAAGAAGUACCGCUUCCGUGUUCUGGCUGAGAAUCUGGCUGGACCUGGAAAACCAAGCUCAGAGACCGAUCCCGUCCUCAUCAAAGAUCCCAUUGAUCCUCCAUGGGCUCCUGGUAAACCUGUCAUCAGGGACAUUGGCAAGACCACAGCCCUACUGGCAUGGACCAGGCCGGAGCAUGAUGGCGGGGCAAAGAUCGAAGGCUACAUCAUCGAGUUCCAGAAGACUGGAAGCGAGGAAUGGAUCCGCAUUGCAGAGGACAUUCCUCAGACUGAGCACCAGCUGCAAGGCCUGAUGGAGAAGCAGGAGUACUCAUUCCGGGUCAAGGCUGUAAACAAAGCUGGCGAGAGCGAACCCAGUGAGCCCAGCGACCCUGUGGUCUGCAAGGAGAGACUUUACCCUCCGUCCGCCCCCCAGUGGCUGGAGGUGAGUAACAUCACCAAGAUUAACGCCGACCUGAAGUGGCAGGCUCCCAGCAGCGAUGGAGGCUCGCCCAUCACUAACUACGUGGUAGAGAAGAGGGAUGUGAGGCGUAAGGCCUGGCAGUCUGUCGACACCACCGUCAAGGAGCUCAAGUACACGGUCACUCCUCUUAAUGAAGGAUCGCUGUACGUGUUCCGUGUUGCUGCAGAGAAUGCCGUGGGAAUGGGUGAAUACUGUGAGCUAGAGGAUGCAGUUCUCGCCAAAGACACUUUCACAACUCCUGGACCCCCUUAUGCCCUGACAGUGGUAGAGGUCACCAAGAGACACGUGGAACUGAAAUGGGAAGCUCCCAAGAGCAACGGUGGAAGACCCAUAACCAAGUAUGUAAUUGAGAAGAAAGAGAAGCUGGGAACUCGCUGGCUGAAGUGCUGCAAGACUCCAGACAGACAGACUCAGUUCAAGGUGACAGAUGUGGACGAAGGGUCUGAGGUGCAGUUCCAGGUCAGAGCCGAGAACGAGGCUGGAGUCGGAGAUCCAAGUGAACCCACCGAGAUCCUCACCAUAGAGGAUGCAACUAGUGCUCCAUCUCCUCCUCUGGAAGUGACCAUCCCUGAUGCCAGCAGGGAGCACAUCAACGUCACCUGGAAACCUCCAGCUAAAGAUGGCGGCUGCCCGAUCACCGGCUACCAUGUGGAGGUGGCCGAGGCUCGUCCUGAGCUAAAGUGGCUCAGAGUCAACAACAGACCCAUCAAGGAGCUCAACUUCAGGAUUGAUGAUGGAAUCAAACCAGAGAAGAAGUAUGUCAUCAGGGUCCGUGCCAUCAACUCUGUUGGUGUUAGCGAUCCCUCUGAGAUCUCUGACAAGGUCUUCACCAAGGAUCCCGACUGUGCUCCAACCAUAAAUUUGGAGGCACAGGACGUGGUCGUGAUUGAGGGUGAGAAGCUGCACCUGAACAUCCCCUAUAGGGCAAUCCCAACACCCAAGAUGGUUUGGCAGAAGGACACAGUGGAGUGCAAGGCUGACGACCGGCUCUCCAUGACAGUGGAGAUGAACAGUGCUCACCUGGAGCUGCUUAAGUGCAAACGUGCCGAUGCCGGCACCUAUGCCAUCACCCUGGAGAACAGUCUGGGAACUGCCACCGGGACAAUCAAUGUCAAAGUCAUCGGUCUCCCCGGUCAGUGUAAGGACAUCACCUCCAGCGAACCCACCAAGAACUCCUGCAAGAUUAGCUGGGAAGCCCCAGAGGACGAUGGUGGCACCCCGAUUGUCAGCUACACCCUGGAGCGCCGUGAGGCCUCCAAGAAGACCUACAUGCCCGUCAUGUCAGGAGAAAACAUCCUGACCUACACCGUCAAAGACCUCUAUGUCAACUGCGAGUACUACUUCAGAGUGAAGACCCUCAACAAGGUCGGAGCCGGAGAAUAUCUAGAGCUACGCAACCCGGUCAUCACAGAGGAAGUCAAACAGAAACCAGACCCACCCAUCCAGGUGGAGGCUUGCGAUCCAACAUCCAAGUCCAUUACAGUCACCUGGAAGGCUCCCGACAACGACGGCGGCUGUCCCAUCCAGGGCUACAUCGUGGAGAAGAUCGAGAAGGACGGUGACCGCUACGAGAAGGUCACCCCAAGUCUGGUCCCCGGUUUCUCCUAUGUGGUGACAGGUCUAAAGGAGGACAUGGAGUACCAGUUCAGGGUCCGAGCCGAGAAUGCCGCUGGAGUCAGUGAGCCGUCUCGCAGCACGCAGCCCAUUAAGGCUGCAGACCCUGUUGAUAAACCUAAGGUCACCCUCCAUGCCCGUGUGCAGUCCGGUUUGUGCAUUAAGAAGGGCGAGGAGAUCCGAAUUGACGCCUACAUCUCCGGCUCCCCUUAUCCCAAGGUCACCUGGCUGAGAGAAAAUGAGGACGUCACCAAAGAGCCAACGAAAAAGAUCAUCCCUGUGUUCAAGAAGAAGACCAAGGCCAAGGUUCCUGAACCAGUUGAGGAGUUCGCGACUCCACUGCGUGAGCGUCUGGGUAUGGAUCAGACCAAGAAGGGUCAGUCUGUGGUGAUGAUCCGCGAUGCUGUCAGAACCGAUCAUGGCACCUUCACCAUCCAGGUCGAGAACACUCACGGUGUUGCCAAUGCCUCCUGCUUCGUCAACGUCCUUGACAAACCCGGCGCUCCAAUCAACUUCACCUUUGAUGAGAUCAGGAACACCUCUGUCAUCUGUAACUGGGAGCCUCCUGAGGACGAUGGUGGCAGCGAGAUCCUGAACUACAUCCUGGAGAAGAAGGACAACAAGAACGAUGAGAUCGGUUGGAUCACCAUCACCUCAACCCUGAAGGGCACUAGCUGCCCCAUCACCAAACUCAUCGAGGGGAAGGAGUACAUCUUCAGAGUCACCGCUGAGAACAAGUUCGGCUGUGGGCCACCGUGUAUCUCUGAGCCACUGGUCGCCAAGAACCAGUUUGAUCCUCCUGAUGCUCCCAACACUCCCAGAGUCCACGAGGUGACGGCAAACAGUGCCCACAUCUCCUGGCAUGAGCCAAAGGAUAACGGCAGCCCGAUCCUGGGCUACUGGAUCGAGAGAAAGGAGGUGAAUAGCAAACACUGGACUCGAGUCAACCGUGCCCUCCUCAAUUCUCUGGAGGUGAAGAUCACUGGCCUGAUGGAGGGACUCACCUACAUCUUCAGGGUGUGUGCCGAGAACCUGGCCGGCCCCGGACCAUUCAGCGAGCCCAGCGACCGCACCAUUGCCAUGGACGCCAUCCUGCCUCCUGGUCCCCCCACACCAUGGAUUGUGGACACUGGGAAGGACUCUAUCAUCGUGGCAUGGAAGCCCCCUCUGUACAACGGUGGAGGAGACAUCCUGGGAUACCAUGUUGAGAAGGUUUUGGCUGGAGAGAAGGAGUGGACUCGCAGCACAGAGUUCAGGUGUAAAGAGCUGACUUACACUGUGACGGGUCUGACUGAGGGAGCAGAUUAUUACAUCCGAGUCUUAGCCGUCAAUGACGCUGGUCCUGGAGCUCCCGGUGUGACCGAACCUGUCACCGUCACAGAGCCUCAAGAAACUCCCAAUGUGGACUUUGAUGUCUCUGUGAAGAAUGGCGUCAUCAUCAAGGCCGGAGAGCCCCUGAAGCUUCCUGCCUUGGUGAUCGGCCGUCCCCAGCCCGAAGUCAAAUGGGCUAAAGAUGAAGCCGAACCUGACAAGGAGCGAAUGAUCGUGGAAACGGAGGGCAGGAACAGCACUCUGUUCAUCAAGAAGGCUGUAAGGUCAGAUCACGGAAAGUACCAGAUCACCGGCACCAACAGCAGUGGCACCAAGACCGCAGAGACCAGAGUGGACGUUAUGGAUGUGCCCGGACCAGUGGUCGACUUGAAGACUGUUGUGGUGACCAAGAAGAACAUCACCCUCACCUGGUCUGACCCUGUGGACAACGGCGGCAGUGACAUCAUCGGCUACGAGAUCCUGAGGAAGGACGCCAAGAUGAAACUCUUCCGCCAGCCCAUUGAGACGGCAUCCUGCAAGUGUGACAUCCAGGGCCUGCUGUCCGGUGAGGAGUACGACUUCAGGGUUGUUGCCAGGAACAAGUACGGUGACGGAGCUCCAUCUGACAUUGGACCCAUCCUGGCCGAGGAUCCAAAAGGUACUCCAUCUGCUCCCGAGAAACUGCACUACACCGACAGGAGCAAGACCACCAUCACCCUGGCUUGGCAGCCGCCUCGCACCGAUGGUGGCAGCCCAAUCAGAGGCUACUACGUUGAGAAGAUGAGGUCGGACAGCAAUGAAUACGAUGUGGCAAACCGCAAGAUCUUCACAGAGUGUUGCGGGACCAUUGAGAACCUGUCUGAGAACCAGGACUACCUGUUCCGUGUCAAAGCUGUGAACGAGGUUGGGGACGGAGAUCCCUCCAAGCCCAUCACUGCCAGGAUCCAGGACGAUGAAAUCGCACCAGUUAUCACCAUCCUGAAGUUCUUCAAGAGCAACGCCAUCAUUGUGAAAAAAGGCUCGGCCAUCGACAUCCCAGCAGAGGUGAAGGGACUUCCUCUGCCAACGCUCCAAUGGAUGAAGGACGAUGUGGUGAUCGAGAAGCCUGAUGAAGAGAAGAUGACGAUGGAGACUGAGGAGGUGGACCGGACGACUCUGAAGACUAAGAUUGCCAUGCCAGUCACAAUCAGACAGGACAAGGGCAACUACAAGCUGGUGGCUGAAAACUGCUACGGCAAAGCACAGCAUGUCAUCCGAGUCGAGAUCCUCGACCGCCCUCUUCCUCCGAGGAACGUUGUAGUCUCAGACAUCAAGGCAGACUCGUGCUACCUGACCUGGGACGCCCCGGAUGACAAUGGAGGCAGUGAGAUCACCAACUACAUUGUGGAGCGUAGGGACGCCAGCAAGAAAAAGUCUGACUUCGAGGUUUUGACUAUCAACCUCAUCGACAGGAGAUUUGGGGUCUACAAACUGAACUUGAACGGUACCUACCAGUUUAGGAUCAAAGCUGAGAACAAGUAUGGCGUCAGCGACGGCUGCGAUUCAGAGAAAGUCCAACUCAGGGAUCCAUUCGGCCUCCCCGGACCUCCACGUAAUCCUAAAAUAAUUGCCGCUACAGCAACCACCAUGACCCUGACCUGGGAUCCUCCCCUCGACAACGGCGGCUCCACCAUCCAGGGAUACUGGCUGGAGAAGAGAGAGCGCGGCGCCGUAUACUGGGGUCGUGUCAACCGAGCUCCAGUCACCAAACCCGCAGUGAAGGGUCUGCAGUACACCGUACUCAGGCUCAUCGAAGGAACCGAGUACCAGUUCAGGAUUGCAGCCUCCAACGCUGCGGGAGUCGGACCACCCAGCGAGGCCUCUGAAUGCCGCUUUGCUGUGGAUCCAUGCAACCGUCCCAGCCCACCUGCUUCCCCCGAGGUUAAAGACAAAACCAAGAGCAGCAUCACGCUCAAGUGGAGCCCACCUGACAAAGACGGUGGCAGCCCCAUCAAGGGUUACAUCAUUGAGGUCCACGAGGAGGGCUCUCCCGAUUGGAGGAGGGUGAAUCCUGCCGACAAGCUCCACCCAUCCACGGAAAUCACUGUGCCCGACCUGAAAGAGGGCAAGAAGUGCAAGUUCAGGAUCUACGCCGUGAACGCUGCCGGAAACUCAGAGCCUGCCAAGACAGCCGAUAUCCUGGUUCAGGAUAUCCUGAUCGAGCCGACGGUGACUCUGGAUGUGAGUGCUCAUGACCUGCUGAACUGCAGAGCUGGAACACCCAUCAGGAUUCCCGCCACCAUCACAGGACGCCCUGUUCCCAAAGUCACCUGGACCUUCGAUGGAACCGCAGAGUCCGAGAAGAAGAACGAACUCCACACACUGCCCGUUGACUCAGAGAUCCACUCCACCGACACAACCUCGGUGGUCACGAUCCCAGAGAGCAAACUGAACCACAGCGGCCGAUACAUCAUCAAUGCAGAGAGCCCCGCUGGACACAAGGUGGUCAAAGUCAGAGUCAACGUGCUCGACCUGCCUGGACCUCCAAGAGACCUGAAGGUCAGUGACGUGACAAGGGGAACCUGCCGACUCACCUGGAAAGCUCCAGAGUGCGAUGGAGGAGAAAGAGUAAAGAGCUAUUUCAUCGAGAAGAAGACAGUGGAUGGAAAAGCCUGGACCAAGGUGAACCCGGCCUGUGCUGCUCAGUCUCUGGUGGUUCCAGACCUGAUCAAUGGUCAGGAGUACCUGUUCCGUAUCCGGGCUGAAAAUCGCUUUGGCUUCGGCCCGUACACUGAGACUGUUGAGGGAACCAAAGCCAGAGAUCCAAUCCAUCCUCCUGAUCCUCCAACAAGGUUGAAGAUCCAGAGCGUGAGGAAGGGCACCGUGACUUUGACCUGGAAGGCUCCAAAGAACGACGGCGGUUCACCUGUCACACACUACAGCGUUGAUCUGCUCUGCUGGGACGCCAGCGGCACCCAGAAGGAGUCCUGGAGGAGGUGUAAUAGGAGAGACGUAGACACCACCAGGUUCGAGGUGGAGGACCUGACUGAGGGAGACGAGUAUGAGUUCAGAGUGGUGGCGUACAACCAGGCUGGAGCAAGCCGACCUUCAUCCACAGCCGGACCCAUUGUCAUCCAGGACCAGACCUGCGCUCCAUCCAUCGAGCUGAAGGAGUUCAUGGAGGUUGAGCAGGGCUCCGACAUCAGCAUUGUAGCCAAGAUCCGCGGCUGUCCGUUCCCCACGCUCACCUGGUAUAAGGCUCCGCCCCACAAGUCUGACGACAAGGUGGAAGUCCAGUACGAUGAGCACAUCAACAAGAUUGUGUCCGAUGAGAGCUGCACGCUGCUCAUCCAACAGGGCAAACGUCUCGACACCGGCCUGUACACACUGGUGGCCUCCAACAGCCUUGGCAAGGCCUCCAAGGAAAUGAGGCUCAACGUGCUCGGCCGGCCUGGUCCUCCCUCCGCUCCCAUUAAAUUUGAGGAGAUCGGAGCCGAGAGGAUAACACUCUCCUGGUUGCCGCCAAAGGAUGACGGUGGCUCCAAAGUCACAAACUACGUCAUCUGGAGGCGCGUGGCCAACAGGAAGACCUGGGUGCCCGUCACCAAUGAGCCCAAAGAACGGAUCUGGACGGUGGAGAACCUGAUGGCAGGACACGAAUAUGUGUUCCGCAUCAUGGCCCAGAACAAGUACGGAGUUGGAGAGCCACUGGACAGCGAGCCAGAGGUCGCACGAAACCUCUUCUCUGUUCCCGGUCAGUGUGAGAAGCCAACGGUCACCAACGUCACCUUGGACUCUAUGACCGUCAACUGGGAGGAGCCGGAGGAUGACGGUGGCACCCCGAUCACCGGCUACUGGCUGGAGCGCAAAGAGACAACAGGCAAGCGCUGGACACGUGUCACCCGCGACCCCAUCCGUCCCAUGGGAAUGGGCGAGUCAUUCGUCGUGAGCGGACUCAUUGAGGGCUCCCAGUACCUCUUCAGAGUCUCUGCCAUUAACACUGCAGGACCAGGACUCGCCAGCCCUCCCACAGACCCUAUCUUUGCCAGAGACCCCAUCUCCCCGCCCUCUCCUCCAACCCCGAAGAUUUCUGAUUGGACGAAGUCCACAGUGGAUCUGGUGUGGAUUCCUCCUCUGAAGGACGGAGGCUCCAAGAUCAUUGGAUACUGGGUGGAGUAUAAGGAGGAGGGCACUGAGGCCUGGGUUAAGGCCAAGGAGACCGAAAUCCGCGGCACCCGACUUGUUAUUACCGGUCUGAAGACUGGUGGUAAGUACAAGUUCAGGGUGAUUGCCUUCAAUGUUGCCGGUAACGGCGAGCCAGGAGAAGUCCCAGAGGUGCUCGAGGUCAACGACAGAACCAUUGCUCCUGAGGUCGACCUGGACGCCUCGGUAAAGGAGAGGAUGGUGGUCCAUGCUGGGGGCGUGAUUCGUAUCAUUGCUUACGUGUCAGGCCAGCCGUCCCCUGACAUCACCUGGAGCAGAGAUGGAGCUGCACUGCCUCCUGAGGCUAAAGUGGAGACAACAGCGAUCAGCUCAUCACUGGUGAUCAAACCCUGCACCAGGAGACACCUCGGCGUCUACACGCUGACCGCCAAGAAUGCUGGCGGGGAGAAAACGAAGAACAUCACUGUUGAAGUUCUGGAUGUUCCUGGACCCGUUGGCAUCCCCUUCACCGCCGAGAACCUGAGCAGUGAAUCCUGCAAGCUCAACUGGUACUUCCCAGAGAACGACGGUGGUUCUCCCAUCAGUAACUACAUCAUCGAGAAGCGUGAGGCUGAGCGUAAGGCCUGGACCUCACUGUCCUUCACCGCCAGCAGACAGAACGCCGUGGCUCAAGGGCUCACCACUGGAAAGUCCUACUUCUUCAGAGUGGCUGCAGAGAACGCCAUCGGCAUUGGACCCUUCAUGGAGACCUCAGCCGAGAUUAUCGUCAAGGAACCAAUCAGUGUGCCUGACCGCCCAGAGGAGCUUGAAGUCACCAAGGUAACCAAGGAUUUGAUCAGCGUCACCUGGAAGGCACCAAAGUUUGACGGUGGUUCAGAGAUCACCAUGUACAUCCUGGAGGCGCGUAUGAUCGGCAAAGACAAGUAUACCAGACUGACAAAGGAGAAGCUGAUGGAAAGGAAGUAUACCUACGAUGGCCUGAGGGAGGGUGACACCUAUCAGUUUAGGGUCAUGGCUGUCAACGAGGUCGGCCCGAGCAAGCCGUCAUUCAGCACCAAACCCAUCACCUGCAAGGACGAACUGGAGCCGCCAACCAUCGAGCUGGACUUCCGUGAUAAGAUAAUAAUCCGUGUGGGUGAGAGCUGCCUGCUGCAGGGCCGCUACACCGGUAAACCUUCUCCAUCCAUUGCGUGGUACCGAGAUGAUGAUGAGCUGAAGGCCGACAAACACAUUAUGUUCAAGAACACGCUGACCACCAUGUCGCUCGGCCUAAUGAAGGCGCAGCGCGAGCACAGCGGCAGAUAUGUGGUAGUGGUUGAGAACAGUACCGGAUCUAGGAAGGGAGUCUGCAACAUCACGGUUGUCGACCGCCCGACCCCUCCUGUUGGCCCAGUGGUGUUUGAUGAGGUUCACAGAGAGUACAUGGUAAUCUCCUGGAAACCUCCUCUGGACAGCGGUGGCAUUGAUGUCUCCAAUUACAUCAUUGAGAAGAGAGACACCAACAGAGACAUGUGGACCACAGUGACGUCUGCCACCACCAAGACUACAUGCAAGAUCCCUAAGCUAACUGAGGGCAGGGAAUACAUCAUGAGGAUCUCUGCUGAGAACAUGUACGGCAUCAGUGACCCUCUGGAGUCCGAGGAGAUGAGAGCCAAAGAUCUCUUCAGAGUCCCAGAGGCCCCUGAUAUGCCAACGGUCAGAGAGGUGUACGCCACCAAUGCUCUGGUGCUGUGGAACCGUCCUCGCGACGGCGGAAAACCCAUCACCAACUACAUCCUAGAAAAGAAGGAGCCCACAGCCAAGAGGUGGUCAAGAGCCACCAGAGAUCCGCUGUACCCGGCCACUCAGUACCGAGUCCAGGACCUGGUGGAGGGCUGCGAGUAUGAGUUCAGGGUGAUGGCCGAGAACGAGCUGGGAACUGGAGACCCCAGUGAACCCUCCAAACCCAUCCUUGCCAAAGAUCCCAUCGUGCGUCCCAGCCCUCCAGUGACCCCCGAGGCCUAUGAUAAGACCAAGGACUCAGUCAGCCUGAAGUGGAAGAUGCCCCGCCAUGAUGGAAAAGGCCGGAUCUUGGGUUACCUUGUCGAGUACCAAAAGCCCGGUGCUGUGGAGUGGACUCCUGCCAAUGAGACUCCGGAGCAGUGCCCCGACCUCCACUAUGUGGUGACAGGCCUAACCGAUGGACAGGAGUACAUCUUUAGGAUCUUCACUGUUAAUGCAGCCGGCAAAUCUGACCCUGCCUUGGUUAAACAACCCAUCAAAGUCCACGACAGACUGGAGGAGCCAGAGUUGCUGCUUGACGCCAACAUGGCACGUGACCACCUGGCCAUGCUGGGCACUGACAUUACCUUGAGCGCCACUAUUAAAGGCGUACCGACACCCACCGUCAGCUGGAAGAAGAACGAUGGUGACGUUCCCACUCACAUCACUGUCGCUGUCACCGCCACCGGCAGCAAAGUCUUCAUCCCCAAGUCGGUCCGUGCAGACUCUGGCAACUACACCAUCACUGCGGAGAAUGCUGCUGGAAAGAAAUCAGCAACCGUUGCUGUGCUUGUGCUGAACAAACCCACUCCUCCCAGAGAUCUCGUGGUUUCUGAGGUGACCAGCGAGUCUGCCUACCUGACGUGGAAGGCUCCUGAGGACAAUGGCGGCGCUGUCAUCUCCCACUACAUUGUGGAGAAGAAGGAUGUGGCUGCUGAGCAGUGGGUGCCCGUCUCUGCAGCCAAUAAGAAGCUGAGUCUGAUGGCCAUGUACCUGAUGGAAGGAAUCCAGUACCUGUUCAGAGUGGCUGCCGAGAACCAGUUCGGCAGGAGUGACUACGUGAUGACCAAGACACCCAUCAAGGCUCUCGACCCUCUCUAUCCUCCUGGCCCACCUAAGAACCUGCACCACACUGAUGCAGACAAGACAGAAGUUUGGUUGGAAUGGGAGUGGCCUGACCGCACCGGUGGAAGUGAAAUUACCGGCUUCAUUGUGGAGCACCAGGAAGAGGGCCAGACUGACUGGGUAACCUUCAAGACAGUCAGCAACAACCAUGCUCAUGUCACUGGUCUGGUGGAGGGGAAGACUUACCGCUUCAGGGUCAAGUCUCAGAAUGCCAUCGGCAUUAGCCGUCCUGACACCAGCAUUCCCAUCACCUGCCAGGAGAAGACAUUGCCACCAACUAUUGAAGUUGAUGUGAAGCUUAUUGAAGGUCUUGUUGUCAAAGCUGGCAGUAUCAUUGUACUUCCAGCCAAGAUGACAGGCAUCCCCAUUCCUACCGCCAAAUGGAUGACAGAUGGCAAAGAUAUUGUAUCUGAGGGCCGCUAUAACAUUGAGUGUGCUGGAUCCUCCACUAUCCUCACUAUCCCUGAAUGCCAGAGAGGAGACACUGGAGAGUACAUCCUCACUGUGGCUAAUCCUGCAGGUAGCAAGACAGUUGCCCUGCAUGUCACCGUGUUGGAUCUCCCAGGUGCACCCACUGGACCCAUUAACAUCUUGGAGGUCACCCCUGAUUACAUGAUGAUCCAAUGGAGGGCACCUAAGGAUGAUGGUGGCACGCCUAUCACCAACUAUGUGGUGGAAAAGAAGGAUGUAAAGAAGCCAUGGGAGCCCUGGUCUGUAGUUAGCUCCAGCGGCACCGGCACCAAGGCCAAAGUGCCCAGGCUGGAGAAGGGUCGUGAGUACAUUGUCCGUGUCCGUGCAGAGAACAAGCUUGGUAUUGGCGCAGGACUUGAAAGUCCUCCCACUAUUGCCAAGCACAUGUUCAACCCUCCUGGACCACCAGGCCUGCCUAUGUGCUCUGAUAUUACAGAGAAUGCUGUGACAGUGGAAUGGACCCUGCCUGACUAUGAUGGAGGAAGCCCUAUUAGUGGUUAUGUAAUUGAACGCAGAGAAAUGACAGGAAAGUGGAUCCGUGUCAACAAAACUCCUGUGCUGGACCUCAGAUACAGAGUCUCAGGCCUGUUUGAAGGUAACAGCUAUGAGUUCAGAGUAUUCGCUGAGAACAUUGCUGGUAUCAGCGAGCCUUCUCCCACCUCUGACCCUGUGAAAGCCACACGUGCCAUCACCAAACCAGGACCUCCAGGCAAUCCUAAACUGAAAGACUGGAGCAAGUCAUAUGCUGACAUCUGCUGGACCAAGCCUACAAGAGACGGAGGCAGUCCCAUCCUGGGCUAUUUGGUUGAGGCUCAGAAGUCAGGAACUGCCCAGUGGGAUAGAAUCAACAAGGACCUUAUCAAAAUGUGUGCCUACAGAGUACCAGGUCUCAUUGAAGGAAUGGAGUACAGAUUCCGCAUCAGAGCCACCAACAAGGUUGGAGACAGUGAACCCAGGGAACUUACUGAAACUGUCCUAGCAAAGGACAUCCUUGUGCCCCCAGAGGUUGUUGUUGAUGUGUCCUGCCGUGACUCUCUGACGGUCAGGGCAGGUCAGAUCAUAAGUUUGAUUACCAGGGUGAAGGGCAGACCAGACCCAGAGAUCACAUGGACCAAAGAUGCCAGAGCCUUGUCUCGGGACAAGCGCACUGAUAUUAACAACAACUACCCUCUGUGUGAACUGGUCAUCAAUGAUGCAGUCAGGUCAGACUACGGUAAAUAUGCCAUUGUCGCCAAAAACAGUAGUGGACAGGCACAGGCCACCAUUAUUGUCAAUGUUCUUGACACACCAGGAGCUUGCCAAAACCUGAAAGUAGCGUACAUAACCAAGAACUCCUGCAUGGUGUCCUGGGAGAACCCUGAAGACAAUGGAGGCACUGAGAUCACUCAGUACAUUAUUGAGUGCCGUCAGCCCAGCCAGAGAGGAUGGACCAUGGUCUCCAAUGACUGCACCAAGCGCCUGAUAAAGGCCCCUCUUACUGAGGGCUGCGAGUACUUCUUCCGUGUCAGCGCAGAGAACAAGAUCGGCGCUGGCCCAUCCACUGAGACCAAGACACCUGUUCUGGCAGUUGAUCCCAUUGAGAAGCCUGGUGAACCCAUUGACUUCCACAUCGCUGAAAUUGGCAAAACCUUCUGCUUCCUCAAGUGGAAGAAGCCAGACUAUGAUGGCGGUAGCCGUAACAUCGCUUAUCAUGUUGAGAAGAAGCCAAAAGAGGCUGAGGAGUGGGAGAGGCUUCACAAGGGUGCCAUCAAGGAGACUUACUUCAUGGCUGACAGGUGCAUUGAAAACCAGAUCUACCAGUUCAGAGUUCAGACAAAGAAUGAGGGAGGUGAGAGCAACUGGGUGACCACAGCUGAAGUCCUGGUUAAGGAACAGCUGGUGGAGCCCGAAAUCAAGAUUAAACUGGAUGGAACACUCGUGGUCAAGGCAGGAGACUCAAUUCCUAUUGAGGCAACAGUAAAGGGUAAACCUCAGCCUGAUGUCAAAUGGACCAAGGAUGAAAGCACAGAGGAGAUAAAGAAGACCCCCAGGCUUCAGAUUGAAACUGGCACUGACUUCUCAAAGCUGCUGCUUACUGGCGCCAGGCGCACUGACAGUGGCAAAUAUGUUGUUUCUGCCUCCAACAGUGCAGGAACCUGCUCUGCUCAUGCAAAGGUCAAUGUCCUGGAUAGACCUGGCCCCAUCAGGGAACUCAAGGUGUCUGGUAUCACCAUUGACAGGUGUAAUCUGGCCUGGGAAGUCCCAGAGGAUGAUGGCGGCUGUGAUAUUUACAACUACAUUAUUGAGAAAUGUGAGACAAAGAGAGGCGUCUGGUCUGUCCACUCCAAUGCUGUCAUCACCAAUAAAGCUAAGGUCACCCGUCUGAUUGAGGGCAAUGAGUAUAUCUUCAGAGUUCGUGCUGAGAAUAAGAUGGGUCCUGGCCCUGCAGUGCAGAGUGAGGCCAUUGUCGCUGGCACCCAGUUCAGUGUGCCUGAUGCACCUGAGGCACCAGAGGUCACCAAGAUUGCUAAAGAAGAAAUGGCUGUGGAGUGGUCAGAGCCAGAGAAAGAUGGCGGAAAGCCAAUCACAGGUUAUCUGUUGGAAAAGAGGGAGGAGCAUGCUGUUAGGUGGUCUCCUGUCAACAAGGAUCCAUUGCCUGGAACUCGUUUCACAGUCACUGGACUACUGCCCCUCCAUGACUACCAGUACAGAGUAAAGGCUGUCAAUGAAGUUGGCAUUGGCAACCCAAGCAAGCCUUCACGUGCCAUCACUGCCAAGGACACAGUUGAGCCUCCAGCACCACCUAGCAACUUGAAGGUCCUGGACAGCACCAAGUCCACUGUCACCCUGGGCUGGACCAAGCCUGUAUCCGAUGGUGGAGCUCCUAUCAUUGGCUAUGUUGUGGAGAUGAGGGCACAGGGAAGCGCCAAGAAAGGAGACGAUAGUUGGAAGAGGUGCAAUGUGGCAGCUCAGCUGGUCGUAUGUGAGUUCACAGUCUCAAGUCUGGAUGAGACACUUGUGUAUGAAUUCAGAGUGUCUGCUCAGAACCAAGUGGGCAUGAGCCUGCCCUGCAACCUGGAAGGUGCUGUGAUCCCCAAGGAGAUUCUAGAGGCACCAGAGAUUGACUUGGACGCCAGCCUGAAGCAGGGACUGACAGUGAGAGCCGGCUGUCCCAUCAGACUAUGUGCUACCAUCAGAGGUAGACCACCUCCUAAAGUCACUUGGAGGAGGAUGGGCAUUGACAACGUGGUCAGGAAGGGAAAAGUCGACAUCAUUGACACCAUGACCUUCCUGGUCAUCCCUGAUAGCACCCGUAACGAUUCUGGCAAAUACUGUCUGACUCUACAGAGUCCUGCCGGAGAGAAGGCUGUGUUUGUCAAUGUUAAGGUUCUGGACACUCCGGGACCUGUGCUGAAUCUGGAAGCUACUGACAUCAAACAGACAUCAGCAAACUUGUCCUGGAGUCCUCCAGAGAUUGAUGGUGGCAGUGAGGUCACUCACUACAUUGUCGAGAAGCGUGCGAUCGACCGCAAGACGUGGGCAACUGUCAAGGGCGAAGUUGAGAAGGAUAAGAUUCCAUUCAAAGUCAGUGGCCUGAUGCCAGGCACUGAGUACUACUUCAGAGUCACAGCUGUCAAUGAGUACGGGUCUGGAGUUCCCAAAGUGUCACCCACUUCCUACCUGGCCUCUGAUCCUGUCAGCAAGCCCGAUCCCUGUGAGAAGAUUGAGGUUCUGGAGAUCACUAAGAACAGUGCCACAGUCGGCUGGGUGAAGCCUGCAAGGGAUGGUGGUGCCAAGAUAGAUGGUUACGUAAUUGAAUACAUUGAGGUCAAACCUCCUCCCGAGCCUCCAGCACCUGUGGAGGUUCCAGAGGGAGAGGAAGCUCCACCACCACCCCCACCACCUCCAGUGGUAGAGGAAGAAGAAGAACCUGAAAAGGAAGUCUGGAACGCCUACACUACAGUGAAAGGUUUGAUGAUCAGCAUCAGCGGCCUCAAGGAGGGCAAGAGGUACAAGUUCAGAGUGGCUGCCAAGAACAUCAUGGGCAUGAGCUCGUUCACCGAGACUAGGCAGCCGAUCGAGAUCAAGGAACAGAUGUUGGAGCCAAAGAUUGUCAUGCCAGAGACAGCAAGCGCCAGAGCUGGAGCCAAGCUCAGAGUGGAAGCACUGGUUUCUGGAAAACCUGCCCCAACCUGCAAGUGGAUGCGUGGUGAGAAUGCAGUUGUCCCGUCCAGCCGUCUGGCCGUGCACCAGUCCGGCAACAUGUGUGUCUUGAUCAUCAAAGAUGUGUCAAGGACUGAUAGUGGAGAGUACAGCCUGGUGGCUGAGAACAGCUCUGCAAAGGUGGUCGAGACCCUGAAGAUCAUCAUUAGAGACAUCCCCGGUCCUCCCGAGGGCCCUGUGGUGAUCAGUGACAUUGACUCUGAUGCCUGUUCUUUGUCCUGGAACAAACCACUGGAGGACGGAGGCAGUAAUAUCACCAACUAUGUGGUGGAAAAAUGCGAUGUGAGUAGAGGCGACUGGGUGAUGGCGGUCUCUUCUGGUCUGAAGACAAGUUGCAGGCUUGGGAAGCUCAUCCCCGGAAAGGAGUAUGCGUUCCGUAUCCGUGCUGAGAACCGUUAUGGCGUGUCAGACCCUAUUCAGUCUGACAGGAUGGUUGCCAAGUUCCCCUUCGAUGUUCCUAGUGAACCCCUCAACUGCCGCAUCAACAAGACCAACAAAGACUGUAUGUUCGUGGCCUGGGAUAAGCCUGAAAGUGAUGGUGGCAGUCCUAUCACAGGUUACUAUAUUGAGCGUAAGGAGAGGAACAGCCUGCUGUGGGUGAAGGCCAAUGACACUGUUGUCCGCACCACUGAGUACCCAUGUGCCGGCCUCAUUGAGGGCCUGGAAUACACUUUCAGAGUGUCCGCCAUUAACCGUGCUGGCCAGGGCAAAGCAAGCAAGAAGACUGACUUUGUCACUGCCAGAACGCCUAUUGACACUCCAGGUAAACCUGAGGUCCUGGACGUGACCAAGAACUCUGUCACUCUUGUUUGGACCCGUCCCAAGAACGACGGUGGCAGCAAGAUCAUUGGCUACUACGUUGAGGCCAUGCGGGUGCCUGGAGACAUCUGGAUCCGCUGCAACACUAGCAGCCAGAACGUCCCAAGGGAGGAGUAUACAGUGACUGGCCUGGAGAGAGACCUGCAGUACCAGUUCAGAGUCAUUGCCAAAACUGCUGUCAACUUGAGCAAACCCUCCGAGCCCACAGACCCUGUCCUGGUCUGUGCCGAGAAUGUCCCUCCAAGGGUGGAGCUUAAUGCCAGAAUGCAGAAGGGUUUGAAGGUGAAGGCGGGAUCCACAAUCCUCCUAGAGGCUGAGGUGUUCGGUAAGCCUAUGCCCAGAGUGACCUGGAAGAGAGGUGACGAUAGCCUAAAGUCAGGUGAAGGCCAGGUCAUUACCCAGCAAAGGAAUCACUUCCAGCUGGAGAUAAUGGCAGUCACCAAGGAGCACACAGGAACCUACACCAUAUCUGCUGAGAAUGCCAGUGGUUCCAAGACCGCCGAAAUCCAGGUCAACGUCCUGGAUGUGCCUGGCCCUCCUGCCAGUGCCAAAUACAUAGAGGUGUUUGCCACCCGUAUCAAGAUGUCCUGGGAGCCACCUCUGCAGGACGGCGGAGCCUCUGUCAGCAACUAUAUUGUGGACAAGCGUGAAACCAGCAGGGCCAACUGGGCCCAGGUCUCCGCCAAGAUCAAGGGUGAGGUCCUUGAGCUUAACGUGGAGAAGCUGAUCGAGGGUCAUGAGUACCAGUUCCGAAUCCGUGCUGAGAACACUUGGGGAGUUGGAGAUGCCCUCAUUACCAACCCUGUCGUCGCCAAGAACCCAUUCUCUGUGCCUGGCCCUUGUGAGGCCCCAGUGAUUACCAAUAUGACCAAAGAUCAUAUGACUGUGAGCUGGAAGGAGCCUGCCGAUGAUGGAAAGUCCACCAUCCUGGGUUACAUGCUGGAAAAGAAAGAGACCAAGGAGAUGAACUGGACCAAGGUGAACAGGAAGCCCAUGACGGAGAGGACUCUCGAAGUUACAGGCCUCACAGAGGGAGUCGAGUACGAGUUCAGAGUCAUUGCUGUCAACGUGGCAGGGCUUGGCAAACCCAGCGAGCCCUCCGCUGGCACCACCGCACAGAAUCCCAUCACUCCUCCUGGCCCCGUUGUGAACCCCAGUGUGACGGACACCACCCACAGCACCAUCAGCCUCACCUGGACUGCUCCCGCCAAUGAUGGUGGAUGCCCUAUUAUUGGAUACUUGGUGGAGUGCAAGAGGACUGACACCACAGACUGGAUCCGCUGCAAUGUCCCCAGGAACCUGCAGGAGACCAACUACGUCAUACAGAACCUUAUUGACAAGUCUGAGUACCAGUGCCGCGUCAGUGCUGUCAACAAGGUUGGCUUCAGCGAGCCUGUUGAAGUACCUGGCAAGCAUGUUGCCAAGGACAUCAUCGUUGCUCCCGAAGCAGAGCUGAGUGCGGAGCUGAAGGAGGUCCUGGAGUUGCAGGCUGGAACCACCAUGAGGCUGCAGGCCACCAUCAAGGGCCGUCCCAUUCCCAGGAUCACCUGGGCAAAGAUGAACACCAACAUCAAGGACCGCCAGGGCAUUGUCAUUAAAUCCACCAACACUGACACCAUGGUGGUGGUGGAGCAUGUCAACAGAUAUGACGCUGGCAAAUACAUUCUGAACCUGGAGGGCUUGGCUGGCAUGAAGAUGUACACCAUCAUUGUCAAGGUUUUUGAUUCUCCCGGACCACCAGUCAACCUGAUGGUGAAGGAAACAUCCAAGGACAGUGCUUCCAUGUACUGGGAUGCCCCACUUAUUGACGGUGGCUAUGAAGUCACACACUACAUUGUGGAGAAGCGUGACACUGAGAGGAAGGCCUGGUCCGUCGUCUCCAACAACUGCAACAAGACAUCAUUCAAGGUGCCGGACCUGGAUGCUGGACGGUCCUACUGCUUCAGAGUGUCAGCAGUUAACCAGCUUGGUGCUGGAGAAUGUUGUGAGACAGCCGACUCAGUCAGAGCAUCUGAGGAGCCAGGGCCUGUCAUGGACUUCAAGACCCUACUGGUUACCAAGGACUCUUGCACUCUAAGCUGGAAGAAACCCCUCACUGAUGGUGGCAGCCGUAUCAUCUGCUAUGUGCUGGAAGUUCUCAAUGGUGAUGACAAGUACAAGGAGCUAAUGAGGUCUAAAAACAUGCAAUACAGUGCCAAGGAUCUGGUGGUGGGCAAAGAGUACAACUACAGAGUCAAGGCUGUGAAUGACUCAGGAGAGGGCGCUGUCAAGGAACUCGCAGUUGUCGCCAAGGACCAGAUCAUCUCUCCUAGCUGUGACUUGAGGGAGCUGCCCAACAUGUGCUACAUCGCCAAGGAGGGCAGCACUGUCCGUCUGAAGAUCCCGAUCAUCGGCAAACCUAUUCCCAAGGUCUCCUGGAAAAAGGGAGAUGACGAAGACCUGACAGACACCGGCAGAGUAUGUGCAGAGUCCUCUUCAGUCAACACUACGCUCUUUAUUAGGGACUGCCAGAGGAGUGAUGCUUCCAAAUACACCAUCACCCUAAGGAACAGUGCUGGAACCAAGGAGUCCACCAUUUUCAUCAGGGUGGUGGGUAAACCCGGCAUCCCUGUUGGACCCAUUAAGUUCAAAGAUGUUGCUGCCGAUGGUGCUACACUGAAGUGGGGUGCUCCUAAGGAUGAUGGUGGUUCAGAGAUCACAAACUACAUCCUGGAAAAGAGGGACUCCAUCACCAACAUGUGGGUGACUGUUUCCUCAACUGUGGAGGACAACACCAUGAGGGUAACUGGUCUCCAUGAGGGCACAGAGUAUAUCUUCAGAGUUUGUGCUGAGAACAAGUACGGCGUUGGAGAGGGACUCAAGUCUGAGCCCAUCGUUGCUAAACAUCCAUUCAAUGUUCCCGAUGCUCCUCCUCCACCUCAGAUCAUGAGCAUGCGCCACGACUCCGCUUACCUGGCCUGGUCUGACCCCAGGAAAACUGGAGGAUCUCCCAUCACAGGCUACCAUGUUGAGUUCAAGGAGAGGAACAGUAUGUUGUGGAAGAGGGCGAGCCCGGCUGCCUUGAGGAUGAAGGAGCACAAGGUAACUGGGCUGACUGAAGGUCUGGAGUAUGAGUUCAGAGUCAUGGCAAUCAACCUGGCUGGCAUCGGCAGGCCGAGCACUCCCACUGAUCCACGGGUGGCACUGGAUCCCAUUGAUGCCCCUGGUAAACCUGAUGUCAUCAGCAUUACCAGAAGCACUGUGACCCUCCAAUGGACCGAGCCACAGUUUGAUGGUGGCCACAGACUGACUGGCUACAUUGUUGAGAAGCGUGAUCUGCCUUCUAAGAUCUGGGUAAAAGCCAACAAUGUGAAUGUUGUGGAGCCUGCAUUCACUGUAAAUGAUCUUCAGGAGGGCUGCAAAUACGAAUUCAGAAUCAGGGCAAAGAAUGCUGCUGGCGCUCUCAGCCCGCCCUCAGAGCAGACAGAUACCAUUAUCUGCAGAGAUGAAUAUGCUGCACCGACCAUUAUUAUCGAUACUCAGGUGAAGGAGGGACUGACUGUCCGAGCUGGUGAUACUAUUGUCAUCACUGCCACAAGCAUUUUAGGCAAACCUGCACCAACUUCAUGCUGGUCAAAGGGAGGGAAGUAUUUUAAACCCUCUGAUCUUGUUCAAAUUGAGACCACUACAACUUCCUCCACCCUGUCCAUCAAGUAUGCUGGCAGGAAGGACAGUGGCGAGUAUAUCAUCACUGCCAGUAACCCCUUUGGUGUGAAGGAGGAAACCGUCAAGGUCACAGUUCUGGAUGUUCCUAGUGCUCCUGGACCCAUUGAAUGCAGUGGUGUCUCCUCUGAAAAGGUCAAUCUUACCUGGACAGCUCCUACUGAGGAUGGAGGCUCUCCUAUCAAGUAUUACACCCUAGAGAAGAGAGAGACCAGCCGCCUGCUAUGGACUAUCCUGGAAGAGAAGGUCAUCGACUGUCACUAUGUGGCCAACAAGCUCAUCCAGGGCAAUGAGUACUUCUUCAGAGUCUCUGCUGUUAACCAGUACGGCGCCAGUGAGCCAUCUCAGUCUGAAGCAGUCAAGAUGGUUGAUAGAUUUGGUCCUCCUGGUCCACCGUCUAAACCAGAGGUUGAGAAAGUCGAUGGACAUUCAGCCACUGUGAUCUGGAGGAGACCAACUGAGGAUGGAGGAAGUGACAUCACAGGUUAUUGUGUUGAGAAGAAGGAGAAAAAGGGUAUGAGAUGGAUAAGGGCCUCCAAGAAAUCCAUUGCUGAGCUCAGCUUUGAAGUUACCGGUCUCACAGAGGGCAUCGAGUAUGAGUUCCGUGUUCUUGCUGAGAACAGAGCUGGAUUUGGAGAUCCAAGUGAACCAUCUAUGCCUGUCAGAACAAUAGUUGUUGCCUAUGUGCCUGGACCUCCAGUAAAUCCAAGAGUCACAGACACAACUAAGACCACUGCCACUCUAAACUGGGGAAAACCUCUUGAUAAUGGUGGGCUUGAAGUUACUGGAUAUUUGAUUGAGCACAAGAAAGAAGGAACAGAAGAAUGGGUUAAGGACACCCCUUCAUCGCCACUCAGGAUCACAGAGUUUGUUGUUCCCAAGCUGGAAACGGGUGCAAAAUACCAUUUCAGAAUUAGUGCAGUUAAUGCUAAGGGAGCAGGUGAACCUGCUGAAACUCAGGAGCUGGUUGAGAUUGUGGAAAGAGCAGCUGAACCUGAUUUGGAGCUGGAUGUUGAGCUGAGAAGAACCCUUGUUGUUAGGGCUGGCUGCUCCAUUCGCCUCUUUGUGCCAAUCAAGGGACGUCCUACACCUACAGUCACCUGGACCAAGGAGGGUGGACCUGUCCUACGCGCAGUCAUUGACAGCACUGAGUCAUUUACAAUGCUGAUCAUCCCUGAGAGUUCUAGGAUUGAUGCAGGCAAGUAUGAGCUUACCCUUGAAAACUCUGCUGGAAAGAAGAGUGCCCCUAUAAAUGUGAGAGUUUUGGAUUCACCUGGGCCUCCUCUUAACCUCAAACCAGUCAAGAUUGACAAGGAAAGCAUUACUCUUCAGUGGGAGAUGCCUCUCAUCGAUGGUGGAGCCAAGAUCACAAACUACAUCAUUGAGAAGAGAGAAUCAACACGCAAAGCUUUUGCUACUGCUAUUACAAAAUGCAUGACCACUUCAGUCAGGAUCGGUGAGCUGGGUGAAGGCUGUGAGUACUACUUCAGAGUGUCUGCCGAGAAUGAGUAUGGAAUUGGUGAGGCGGUUGAAACUGCUGAUCCAAUUCGUGCAUCCCAGGCACCAACUCCUCCAGAGAGUAUUAUUCCUACUGAUAUAACCAAGAACUCUGUGAGCCUGGCUUGGACCAAACCCAAGCAUGAUGGUGGGAGCAGAGUUACAGGAUAUGUUCUUGAAGCCCAGAAGAAGGGAACUGACCAGUGGGCACAUGUAACAACAGUCAAGAGCAUGGAUUUCACAGUGAAAAAUCUCAAUGAGAAUGAGGAAUACAUUUUCCGUGUAAUGGCUGUCAAUCACUCAGGUAGAAGCGCUCCACGUGAGAGCAAACCUAUUGUUGUCAAGGAUUCUACUUCCCUGCCUGAGUUUGACCUCCGUGGCGUAUGUCAGAAGACUGUUAUUGCCAAGGCAGGAGAUGACAUUAAGGUUGAAAUUCCAGUUAUGGGACGUCCUAGACCAACCGUCUCUUGGCAAAAGGAUGCCGCAGCUCUGAAGCUCACACAGAGAACCAAUGUGGAAACUACUUCUGCUACUGUUAUCCUGAGCAUCAAUGAAUGUACCAGAGGUGACAGUGGUGUAUACACCAUGACAGCUAAGAACAUUGUUGGAUCUGUGACAGACAACAUUAUUGUCAAAGUACAUGAUGUACCUGGGCCACCCAAGGGACCAGUCAAGAUUGUGGAGAUUUCUCGUACCUAUUGCAUCUUUGCAUGGGACACUCCUGAGAAUGACGGAGGUGUUCCAAUCAACAAUUAUGUGGUUGAGAUUAGAGACACAACUUCCCAAACAUGGACAGAGCUAUCCUCCACUGUCAUUCGUACCAUGUUCAAAGCCAUUCGUUUAACCACCGGGUCUGAGUACCAGUUCAGAGUAAAAGCUAAGAACAGAUAUGGUGUUGGACCACCUAUCACAUCAGAGGCAGUGGUGGCUGCCUAUCCAUUUAAAGUCCCUGGACCUCCUGGUACUCCUGGAGUUGUUGCAUUUACCAAGGACUCAAUAACAAUUGGCUGGAAUGAGCCUGUGUCUGAUGGUGGAAAUGAAGUAAUUGGUUAUCAUGUUGAGAGGAAAGAAAGAAGCAGCAUCAUGUGGUAUAAGAUCAGCAAGGGUAUUGUGAAAGGAAAUAUCUUUAAAUCAAGUGGUCUUGAAGAUGGAGUUGCCUAUGAGUUCCGUGUCUCGGCUGAAAACAUGGCUGGAGUUGGUAAGCCCAGCAAGGCCUCAGAAGCAAUACUGGCCUUGGACCCUGUAGAUCCACCAGGUCAGCCUGAACCAAUAUUUGUCAACAAGAAUGUCAUCACUAUUCAGUGGACCAAGCCUGAGUACGAUGGUGGUUUCAAAAUCACUGGCUACACUGUGGAGAAGAGAGAACUGCCUACUGGUCGAUGGAUGAGAGCCAACUUCACCAACAUCAUUGAGACAACAUUCACUAUCAGUGGACUGACUCAAGAUGCCUCAUAUGAGUUCCGUGUCAUAGCCAGAAACUCAGCAGGUGCAGUGAGCAUACCCUCUGAGCCCUCAGACCCAAUUAUUUGCAAAGAUGACAUUAUCGAGCCACGCAUUAUGGUUGAUGCCAUCUUCAAGGAUGUUGUUCUACUGAAGGCAGGAGAGUCCUUCAAACUUGAUGCUGACAUUGCUGGUCAACCAACCCCAUCUAUGGUUUGGACCAAGAAUGGAAAGGAGGUUGAGAACACAAUGAAACUGGAGGUUAGGUUCACAGAAUUAACAACAACUCUGACCAACAAGGACUCUAUCAGAUCAGAUGGAGGAGAAUUUAUUUUGACUGCCACUAAUGUUGGUGGAUUUGCUAAGCACGUCUUUAAUGUUAAAGUGCUUGACAGACCUGGACCACCAGUUGGACCUCUUGAGGUCUCUAACGUAACAGCUGACAACUGUGUACUCACCUGGGCUCCACCUGCAGAUGAUGGUGGUGCCAAGAUUGAAGGAUAUGUGAUUGAGAAGCGCGAGUCAAGCAGACUGGUUUGGACCAAUGUGGUUUCAGACCUGCAAGUUACACAAUACAAGGUGACCAAGCUGCUCAAAGGAAAUGAAUACAUCUUCAGAGUUAUGGCAGUAAACAAAUAUGGACUUGGCGAAGCUCUUGAUUCUGAACCCACUAUUGCAGACAAUCCAUAUGUGGUUCCAGAUCCUCCAGAGAAUCCUGAGGUGACAGCUAUCAGCAAAGAUUCAAUGGUUCUUAUGUGGCAAGCACCUAAGAGUGAUGGUGGAACUCCCAUCACCAACUACAAUAUUGAAAGGAAAGACAGAAUAGGCCUCCGCUGGGUCAAAUGCAAUAAGAGGAAGGUCAAAGAUCUACAAUUCAAGGCAACAGGGCUUCUUGUCGGACAUGAAUAUGAAUUCAGAAUAAUUGCUGAGAAUGCUGCUGGAGUAAGUGCACCAAGUGUCGCGAGUCCAUUCUACAGGGCUACUGAUGGACUGUACAAGCCAGGGGCUCCAUGCAACCCAAGAAUUUUGGAUACAACAAAGUCCUCAAUUACUGUAGCCUGGAACAAACCUGUAUAUGAUGGUGGCUCUGACAUCACUGGCUACAUUGUUGAGACCUGCAUCCCAUCUGAAAAGGAAGAAGAUGAGGAAUGGACCAUUGUGACACCCAAAGAAGGACUCCUUGCCACCUCAUUCACUAUUAUUAACCUGAAGGAGAACCAGGAGUACAAGAUUAACAUCUCUGCUGUCAACAGUGAAGGAGUUGGAGAGGCUGCAUUGGUACCUGGCAAUCCCAAGGCAGAGGACAGGCUCCUCCCGCCUGAGAUGGAUUUGGAUGCUGAGCUCCGCAAGGUUGUCAGUCUAAGGGCUUGCUGCUCACUUAGGCUGUUUGUGCCUAUAAGAGGCAGACCAACUCCUCAGGCUAAAUGGACCAAGGGAGAUGGUGAACCUAUUGAAAGGGCAACCAUUGACAGCACAACAUCAUACACAUCACUUGUAAUUGAGAAUGUCAACAGAUUUGAUAGUGGAAAGUAUAAUCUUACAAUUGAAAACAGCUCUGGCUCCAAGACAGUUACAGUCCAAGUCAAGGUACUUGAUACACCAAGUGCCCCACAGAAUCUGAAGAUUACUGCUGUAACAAAUGAAGCUGUCACUCUGACUUGGGAUCCACCAGUGAAUGAUGGAGGAGUUAAGGUUAAGAACUAUAUUGUUGAAAAACGGGAGUCCACAAGGAAAGCAUAUGCCACAGUAAAAGCUAACUGCCAUCACACCACAUUCACAGUCGACCAGCUCCUGGAAGGAUGCAACUAUUACUUCAGAGUUUUGGCUGAGAAUGAAUAUGGCAUUGGCCUGCCCAUUGAGACUGGUGAAUCAGUUAAAGUGUCUAUGAAACCACAGCCACCUGGCAAAAUCACUCUUAAGGACGUUACUAAGAACAGUGUCACCCUCUCCUGGGAGAAGCCAGUGCAUGAUGGUGGCAGCAGAGUGGGCUGUUAUGUUGUUGAGAUUCAGCCUAAGGGUGUUGAUAAGUGGUCACAGGCUGUGAUUGUCAAGGAAACAGAAGCUACUAUUAGUGGACUCAAUGCAGGUGAAGAAUACAUGUUCCGUGUUGCAGCAAGAAAUGAAAAAGGAACUAGCGACCCACGUCAAAUCGGUGUGCCUGUGAUUGUUAAAGAUCUAGUGAUUGCACCUGUUGCCAAACUUUUGUUUAACACAUUCAGCGUGUUGGCAGGAGAAGACCUGACAGUGGAGGUUCCAUAUGUUGCACGUCCCAAAGCAGCUGUCUCCUGGAAAAAAGAUGGUCAGCCCCUGAAGAGAACUACGAGAGUAAACUUUUCUGCAACAGACAAAAUGCUGACCCUCAACAUAAAAGAGGCUACUAAAGAUGAUGUUGGACAGUACCACAUAACUCUUACCAACACAGCAGGAGAGACAACAGCAGAAAUUGGCAUCGUUGUUCUUGACAAACCUGGCCAGCCGGAUGGUCCAGUUAAGGUGGAGGAGGUCACAUCUGACAGUGUAACCAUUUCCUGGAACCGACCAGAAUAUGAUGGAGGGUGCACCAUCAAACACUAUAUUGUGGAAAAGAGAGACACAUCCACAACUAACUGGAUGGUUGUAUCUCCUAACCUUGCAAGGACCAAAAUCAAGGCAGGCAGGUUGAAGACUGGCUCGGAGUAUCAGUUUAGAAUCACAGCAGAAAACAGAUAUGGAAAAGGCCCAGCUCUUCAAUCAGAGUGUAUUGUGGCUCAAUACCCAUACAAGCUCCCAGGACCCCCAGGAACCCCAUCCAUUGCAGCCUGCACCAAGGAUAGCAUGGUUAUUGCCUGGAAUGAACCUGUGAAUGAUGGUGGAAGCACUGUCUUGGGCUACCAUCUUGAACGUAAAGAGAGAAACAGCAUCCUUUGGGUUAAACUUAACAAAUCUCUUAUUACUGACCAAACCUUCAAGACCACUAGUCUUGAACCAGGAAUGGAGUAUGAAUACAGAGUUUAUGCUGAAAACAUUGUUGGAAUAGGCAAAGUGAGCAAAGUGUCUGAGGGACAUGUCGCUAGAGAUCCUUGUGAUCCUCCUGGAACCCCAGAGGCAACAAAGAUCGCUAAGGACUCUGUGACCAUUGUUUGGACCAAGCCAGAGUAUGAUGGUGGUGCAAAGGUUACAGGCUACAUUGUGGAAAAGAAGGAGCUUCCUGAAGGUCGUUGGCUGAAGGCUAACUUCACUAACGUCAUUGAGACAGAAUAUGUUGCAACUGGACUUGUUCAGGACAAUCAGUAUGAGUUCCGUGUCAUUGCCAGAAAUGCAGCAGGUGUUUUCAGUCUCCCAUCUUACAGCACUGGUCCUAUCACUGCCAAGGAUGAGAUUGAACCACCACGCAUCAGCAUUGACCCAGAGUACACACAGACUAUUGUGGUUAAUGCUGGAGACAACUUCAAGAUAGACGGAGAUGUCCAUGGCAAACCAUUGCCCACUAUCCACUGGAUGAUGGGAGAGCAGGAACUGGGCAACACUAUUCAUAGAGAGAUUAAGAACACACCCACAAAAGCCUGCAUAUUUGUCAAGGAAGCUAAGCUUUCCGAUGGAGGCCAAUACACUCUGCUGUUGAAAAAUCCAGGAGGAGAAAAGGCUGUACAGGUAAAUGUGGUUGUUCUAGAUAAACCUGGAGAACCACAGGGACCUCUUGUUGUUACAGGAAUAACCAAAGACCGAUGCUGCCUUGCAUGGAAACCACCACUACAGGAUGGUGGCAGCAAGAUCUCUCACUACAUUGUGGAGAGGAGAGAGACAAGCAGACUAGUCUGGACUGUUGUUGACCCUAAAGUCGUAAAUACUUGUUUAAAGAUUAGUAAGCUAUUAGAAGGAAAUGAGUAUAUUUUUAAAGUCCAUGCUGUCAACCAAUUUGGAGUGGGUGCAGGACUUGAGUCUGCUGCUGCAGUAAUCAAAGAUCCAUAUUUGCCCCCUGGAACACCCAAGAGCUUGGAAGUUUCAGAUAUCAAAAAGGAUUCAAUGGUACUCACCUGGGAGGCUCCUUCUGAAGAUGGAGGAAGUCCUAUUACUGGCUACAUAAUUGAGAGACAUGACAAAGAGGGCGUAAGAUGGAUCAGAAGCAAUAGGCAAGCAGUUACUGACUUGACUUUCAAGGUCACUGGCCUCCUGGACAGCCAUAUCUACGAAUUCAGAGUUGCAGCUGAGAAUGCUGUCGGUGUUGGUGAGCCAAGCUCCCCAACUGUAUUUUACAAAGCUCUUGAUCCAAUCUUCAGGCCUGGCCCACCACACAAUCCUAGAGUUACCGACACAACUAAAACAUCUGUAUUCCUGUCAUGGGGCAAACCUGUCUGUGAUGGAGGCUGUGAGAUUCAGGGAUACAUUGUUGAGUGUUGCACUACCACAGAACCAGCAGCACCAGCUGAAGCCCCUGCUGAGGCCCCUGCUGAAGCCCCUGCUGAAGCCCCUGCUGAAGCCCCUGCCACAGAUGCACCUGCUGAGGAAUGGAUCAUGUGCACGCCACCAACAGGGAUCAAAAAGACCAAGUUUGAAGUUUCAAACCUGAAGGAAAACCAGGCAUACAAGUUUAGAGUAUGUGCUGUGAACAAAGUGGGAGUUGGCGAGCAUGCUGAUGUCUCUGGAGCUGUUGUUGUCCAGGACAAGGCAGAAGAGCCAGACCUUGACAUUGAUCCAGAAUUGAGAAAGAUUGUAACCAUUAAAGCUGGAGCAUCCCUUAGACUCUUUAUUCCCAUCAAAGGAAGGCCUAGUCCUACCAUCAAGUGGGACAAAGAUGAGGCUGCACUUAAAGAGACUGCUCAGGUUGAAGUGACCAGUAGUUACACAUCCCUUGUAAUUGACAAGAUGGGCAGGAAUGACAGUGGAAAAUACACUGUCACUGCAGAGAAUUCUAGUGGAACCAAAUCUGCAUUUGUUGUUGUCCGUGUCCUUGACACACCUAGUGCUCCUGUUAACCUCAAAGUCAAAGAAAUUACAAACCAAUCAGUGACACUGGCAUGGGAACCACCUCUGUUGGAUGGAGCGUCCAAGAUCAAGAACUACGUUGUUGAAAAGAGAGAAAGCACACGCAAAACAUAUGCAGCUGUUGUAACAAAUUGUCAUGCUCUUUCAUGGAAGAUUGAAUCACUCCAGGAAGGCUGCAGUUACUACUUCCGGGUGCUUGCUGAGAAUGCACAUGGUGUUGGCCUGCCUGCAGCAACUGUUGACCCUCUGAAGGUCUCAGAGGUACCACAGUCUCCAAAGAACCUGACUGUUACAGACCAAACUAAAACAAGCAUCUCUUUGGCUUGGGAGAGGCCUGAGUAUGAUGGUGGUAGCAGAGUCAUGCAGUACCUGCUGGAGGUGCAGCUCAAGGGUCAGGAUAAGUGGUCUGGUGUUAACACAUUUAAGACAAUGGAGGCUACUGUUUCCAAUUUGAACCCAGGAGAAGAGUAUCUGUUUAGAGUUACAGCAAUCAAUGAUAAGGGAAAGAGUGACCCCAAAGUCCUUUCUGGUCCAGUGAUGACCAAGGACUUAGUCUUUGAGCCAGAUGUUCGACCAGCAUUCAGCAACUACAGUGUCCAUGUGGGAAAGGACCUGAAUGUUCACAUUCCCAUCUUUGGACGUCCUAAACCAACAGUUUCAUGGACUAAAGAUGGAGCUUCUUUGAAGUUCACUACCAGAGUUAACAUCCUCAACACACCAACACAGACAACACUGAGCAUUAAGGAGGCAGCAGGUGAUGAUGGUGGUAUGUAUAGUAUACAUGUUGCUAACUCAGCUGGAAAGAAAGAUACAACUGUUGAAAUCAUUGUACUUGACAAGCCUGGCCCUCCAUCCGGCCCUGUGAGGUUUGAUGAAAUCACAACACAGAGUGUCACUAUUUCAUGGGACCCACCAAAACACAAUGGUGGCUGCCAGAUUUCAAACUACAUUGUGCAGAAGAGAGAUACUACUUCAACAACAUGGGAAAAUGUCAGCAUCAACUGCGCCAGAACCACCAUCAAAGUGCCAAGACUGAAGACUGGAGCUGAGUACCAGUUCAAGAUCAUUGCUCAGAACCGCUAUGGCAAGAGUCAUGGUCUGGAUUCAUCUGCUGUGGUCGCUCAAUACCCAUACAGAGAGCCAGGCCCACCAGGCACGCCUUUCAUCUCCUCUCUCUCUAGGGACCACCAAAUUGUUGAGUGGCAUGAGCCUGUCUCUGAUGGAGGCAGCGCUGUUCUUGGCUACCAUCUUGAAAGGAAAGAGAGGAAUAGUAUUCUCUGGGUCAAAAUCAACAAAACACUUAUUCACGAAACUACUUUCAAGAGUUACCCCUUGGAUGAGGGUAUUGAGUAUGAAUACAGGGUUUAUGCUGAAAAUAUUGUUGGCAUUGGCAGAUGCAGUAAGAUCUCAGAGGGCUGUGUUGCCCGUGACCCAUGUGAUUCUCCGGGAACACCAGAGGCCAUCCAUGUGACCAAAGAUACCAUUGUCAUUCAGUGGACUAAACCAGAAUAUGAUGGCGGCAGUAAUAUAACUGGCUAUACUGUGGAGAAGCGUGAUCUGCCAGAGGGCAGGUGGGUAAGGGCAAACUUCACCAAUGUGAUUGAGACCCAGUUCACGGUCACUGGUUUGACUGAAAAUGCACAGUAUGACUUUAGAGUCAUUGCUAAAAAUGCUGUUGGCACCAUCAGCAAGCCAUCCUACAACAGUGGACCAAUCACUGCAAGUGAUAAGGUGGAGGCACCCAAAUUCUCCAUUGACCCUGCAUUCACCAAGACCAUUAUCAUCAAUGCUGGAGAGACAUUCAAGCUAGAUGCCGAUGUCCGUGGCAAGCCACUGCCUACAAUCAAGUGGUUCAAGGAUGAAAAACCAAUCGAGAAUACACUCAGACUAGAGAUUAAAAACUCAGAACACCAGGCAAUGAUUGUCAUUAAGGACUCUGUUAGAAUUGAUGGUGGAAUUUACACACUCCAGCUGACAAAUGAGGCUGGCAGUGAAACUGUUCCAUUCAAAGUUGUGGUCUUGGACAGGCCCAGCCAGUGUGAAGGACCCCUCCACAUCACUGGCGUAGCUGAAGAUAGAUGCAUACUGGUAUGGCGUGCCCCUCUACAUGAUGGAGGCAGUCCUAUUAAGCACUACGUCAUUGAGAGAAGAGAGACCAGCCGUCUUGCUUGGACUGUUGUUUCUAACAGCUGUGACACCACACGUUACAAAGUCACCAAAUUACUGGAAGGCAAUGAGUAUAUGUUCCGUGUCAUGGCAGUUAACAGUUACGGUAUCAGUGAGCCACUGGAGUCUCACGGAGUUAUCAUGAAGACUCCAUUUGUUCCUCCUGGUCCACCUCAUAUUGAUGAUGUAUCCAACAUUGCUCAUGAUGGCAUGACAAUCACUUGGUCAGCCCCUGAGAGUGAUGGUGGCAGUGAGAUUACCAAUUACAACAUUGAAAAGAAGGACAGAAAUGGAAUCAAAUGGACCAGAUGCAACAGACAGAAAGUCACUGACCUCUCUUUUAGAGUUACAGGCCUAACAACUGACCAUGAAUAUGAGUUCAGAGUGGCUGCUGAGAACGUAGUUGGAGUGGGAGAGCCAAGCCUUCCAAGUUCAUACUACAAGGCCUGUGAUCCCAAGUACAAACCUGGUGCUCCAGCAUAUGUGAAUGUGAUUGACUCCACAAAAAGUUCUAUUACAGUGUCAUGGGGUAAGCCUCUGUUGGACGGUGGCACUGCCAUUCAAGGAUACAUUGUUGAAAUCUGCAAGGCUGAAGAGGAGGAAUGGACUAUGGUUACUCCCCCCACUGGACUGCGUGUCAACAAAUAUGAAAUUACCAAACUUACCGAGGGUACGGAGUAUAAGAUCCAGGUGUGUGCUCUGAACAAACUGGGAGUUGGUGAACCAGCAACUCUCUCUGGUACAGCUAAGCCAGAGGAAAGGGUGGAUCCACCACAGAUCCACCUUGACUCUGAGUUGAGAAAGGGUAUCAUUGUGAAAGCUGGUGGAUCUGUUAGAAUCCAUAUUCCAUUCAAGGGUAGGCCAACACCUGAGAUUAAGUGGACUAAGGAUGAGGGAGAUCUGACUGAAAAGGUGGUGGUUGAAAAAGCUCUCAACUUCACUCAGCUGUCCAUUGACUCAUGUGACAGGAGUGACUCAGGAAAAUAUACCCUAGACCUGACAAACAGCAGUGGCUCUGUGUCUGAGUUUGUUGCUGUUAAAAUUCUGGAUACACCUGGAUCCCCACAGAACCUCAUGGUUAAAGAAGUCAAAAAGGAUUCUGUCACUCUUGUAUGGGAUGCCCCACUAAUUGAUGGAGGAUCCAAAAUCAAGAACUAUGUCAUUGACAAACGUGAAUCAACCAGAAAGGCUUAUGCAAAUGUGUCCACAAAAUGUACCAAGACAACAUUCAAAGUUGAGAACUUGAUUGAAGGUGCUAUGUACUACUUCAGAGUCAUGGCUGAGAAUGACUAUGGAAUAGGCCAGGCUGUUGAAACAAAGACAGCUUCAAAGGCCUCUGAGGUACCACUCCCUGUUGGAAAAGUCUCCCUCACUGAUGUCACCAAAGCCAGUGCCUCACUGGCCUGGGAAAAACCUCAGCAUGAUGGAGGCAGUAGAAUUGGUGGUUACCUAAUAGAGAUGCAGCCAAAGGGUACAGAUAAGUGGGGAGUGGCAACAAAUACAAAGACAUGUGAGGGCACUGUCACAGGCCUCACAGCUGGAACAGAAUACCUAUUCCGUAUUAUUGCUUACAAUGAGAAGGGCAAGAGUGAACCUAAGGCACUUGCUGCACCUGUCGUUGCCAGUGACAUGACCAUAGAGCCAAGUAUUAAGAUGCAAUUUAACACGUACAGUGUAUUAGCUGGAAAAGAUCUCAAGUUGGAGUUCCCUGUGCUUGGCAGGCCCAAACCUAAAAUCACUUGGACCAAGGAUGGUCAGUCUUUUAAGGUGACAUCCAGAGUCAAUUUGGUAAACACUCCGUUAACAACUGGAAUUCUAAUUACUGAGGCAUGCAAGGAAGAUUUGGGUAAAUAUUCCAUUACAGCAACCAAUACUGCCGGCACAAUUACCGAGGAUGUGGCUGUCAUUAUCCUUGACAAGCCUGGUCCAUCAACAGGCCCAAUCAAGGUUGUUGAAGUGAGCAACACAUUUGUCCAUCUCUCCUGGGAGCCUCCAGAGUACACAGGUGGAUGCCAGAUAAAGAACUAUAUAGUGGAAAAGAGAGACACCACUACCCAAACAUGGCAGUCAGUCACCACACAGCUUGCUAGAACUGCUUUCAAGGUCACUAAGCUGAAGACUGGUGCUGAAUACCAGUUCAGAAUCAUAGCUGAAAACAGGUAUGGAAAGGGUGUGCCUCUGGACUCCAAGGCCAUUGUUGUGCAAUAUCCAUACAAACCACCAGGGCCCCCAGGAACUCCAUAUAUAAAAUAUGCUACAAAAGAAAUGAUGAUCAUUGAAUGGAAUGAGCCAGUCAAUGAUGGUGGAAGUACAGUUAUUGGUUACCAUCUGGAAAGCAAGGAGAGAAGCAGCAUCAUGUGGAACAAACUGAACAAGACUCUCAUCACUGAUACUCAGUUCAAGAUCGCCAAUCUUGAGGAGGGUAUUGGAUAUGAAUUCCGAGUCUAUGCUGAAAAUAUUGUCGGCAUUGGCAGAUGCAGUAAAGUGUCUGAGUCCUUUGUUGCUCGUGAUCCAUGUGACCCUCCUGGUACUCCUGAAGCUGUAUCUAUUUCUAAGAACCUUAUCAAGAUUCAGUGGACAAAACCUCAGUAUGACGGUGGCAGCAAAGUGAAUGGAUAUAUUGUGGAAAGGAAAGAUCUUUCCUCCCCUGAAGGGCGCUGGGUCAGAGCUAACUUCACUAAUAUAAUUGAAACUGAGUAUACCGUCACUGGUCUGACAGAGAAUGAGCAAUAUGAAUUCAGAGUUAUUGCGAGAAAUGCAGCUGGUGUUUUCAGCGGGCCAUCUGACAGCUCUGGACCUAUAACUGCUACUGAUGAAAUUGAACCACCAAGGGCCUCAAUGGAUCCCAAAUACAAGGAUGUCAUUGUUGUUAAUGCUGGAGAAAGCUUACUUCUUGAUGCAGACAUUUAUGGAAAACCAAUUCCUGAUGUUGUUUGGCUAAAAGAGGGCAAGGAAAUGGACAAAGCACUGCGAAUUGAAGUGAAAACUACACAGAAACGUGCAGCCAUAACCAUCAAGGAUGUAACCAAAGUUGACAGUGGCCACUAUGACCUUGUCCUAAAAAAUCUGGGUGGUACAAAAACCUUCCCUAUCACUGUCAAAGUCCUUGAUAAACCAGGUCCACCCACUGGACCCAUGAAGGUGACAGGGAUCAUGGCUGACAGGUGCAUCCUUUCCUGGUCUGAGCCAACUCUGGAUGGUGGAGCUAGUAUCACUCACUAUGUCUUACAGAAGAGAGAGACCAGCAGAUUGUCCUGGACCGUGGCUGCACCAAAUAUCAAGGGUCUGUUCUAUAAACUAAAAAAUCUGCUCCCUGGAAAUGAAUACAUUUUCAGAGUCAGGGCAGUCAGCAAAUAUGGUGUUGGUGAUUAUCUUGAGAGUGAACCCAUCAUUGCACGCAAUCCUUAUAAGCCCCCUAGUCCUCCUGGAACCCCAGAAGCAAGUCAGAUCACAAAGGACUCUAUGGUUCUUUCAUGGACUGCUCCAGAACAAACUGGUGGAGCGGACAUUGACAGUUACCACCUUGAAAAACGUGACAAAGAUAGUGUAAGAUGGACAAAAUGCAACAGACAGAAACUGACGGACACUCACUUCAGGGUCACAGGUCUGAUGACAGACCACUUCUAUGAGUUCCGUGUUUCUGCUGAGAAUGAGGCUGGAAUGGGAGACCUAAGUGAACUGUCCCUAUUCUACAGAGCAUGUGAUACCACAACACCACCUGGACCUCCACACCAUCCUAAGGUGACAGACUACACAAAGUCCUCUGUGUCUCUGUCCUGGGGAAAACCUGACUUUGAUGGUGGUGCCUACAUUAAGGGCUACAUUGUUGAAAUGAGGGAGUAUACACCAGUGCCUGAAGUGACAGAGGAGUUAGAAGUAGCACCAACAGUAGAGGCACCAGUUGAAAAAGAAUGGACCAUGUGCACUCCACCCACUGGCAUUCAAGCCACUAAACUCACUAUCACAGACCUGAAAGAGGGUGGAGAAUACCAGUUCCGUGUCUGUGCUAUCAAUUCUGAGGGUGUGGGGGAGGCUGCUAAUGUUCACAGCACUGUGGUCACAUCUGACAGGGUAGAAGCACCAGAGAUUGAGUUGGAUGCUGAGCUCAGAAAGGUGGUAUCUGUUCGUGCUGGUGGAACUUUGCGUCUGUUUGUUACCAUCAGAGGAAGGCCUGAACCUACUGUGAAAUGGGAGAAAGUAGACGGUACUCUCACAGAUAAUGCUGCAAUUGACACCACCAGUUCAUACACCAUGCUUGUCAUUGACAACGUUAAUCGCUUUGACAGUGGCAAAUAUUCACUAACACUGGAGAAUAGUAGUGGUGCAAAAUCUGCUACUGUUGCAGUGAGAAUUUUGGAUACACCUAGUGCACCACAAAACUUUUCUGUAAAGGAGCUCAAGAAGGAUUCAGUGACUCUUGGCUGGGAUACUCCACUCACUGAUGGUGGUUCUAAAAUAACAAACUACAUUGUGGAGAAGAGAGAGUCUGUCCGGAAGGCCUAUACUACUGUCACUAGCAACUGCACAGCCAACUCAUUCAAGAUUGAAGAGCUGCCUGAGGGUGGCAUUUUCUACUUCAGAGUUUGUGCUGUUAAUGAAUAUGGCCAAGGACAGAUGGUUGAAACCAAAGAAAUCAAAGUGUCUGAGGUACCUCUGCCUCCAAGCAAAGUAACACUUAUAGAUUUGACGAAGACCAGUGUGUCAUUGGCAUGGGAAAAACCUGCUCAUGAUGGUGGAAGCAAGAUAAUGUGCUACAAUGUAGAGUUUAAGCCUAAAAGUGGAGAUAAAUGGGGCACAGCAUGCACAGUCAAGGUGCCUGAAGCAACUAUUCCUAAUCUGACCCCUAAUGAAACCUAUUUAUUCAGAGUUGUUGCAAUCAAUGAGAAGGGAAAGAGUGAGCCAAAGGAUCUUGGUUUGCCUGUGGUUGCAAAGGAUGUUUCAAUUGAGCCAUCUACCAACUUACUGUUUACCACAUACAGUGUGAAGGCUGGAGAUGACCUUACUCUUGAGGUUCCAGUAAGAGGUAGGCCAAAGCCUGUUGUAUCCUGGAAGAAGGAUGGCCUUCCUUUGAAGCAAACAUCAUCAGUCACCAUCUUAAACACUGCAACAUCAUCCAAAAUUAUGAUCAAAGAGGCUAGCAGAGAACAUGUUGGCAAGUAUGAAAUCACUCUGGCAAACGCAGGAGGAACUGUCACAGCAGAUAUUGGAGUUGUUGUCCUUGAUAAACCAGGUCCACCUAAAGGUAUCAAGGUGGAUGCUGUGACCUCAGACAGCAUCACACUGUCCUGGUCCCCGCCAGAUUAUACUGGUGGUUGCUCCAUCAGUAACUAUAUUGUGGAGAAAAGAGACACAAACACACAGGAGUGGCAGAUGGCAGCAAGUAAUGUUGCCAGAACAUCUUUCAAGGCUGGCCGCCUAACACAUGGCUCAGAGUACCAAUUCCGCAUCUAUGCAGUCAACCGUUAUGGAAAGAGUACAUCUCUGGAUUCAACUGGAAUUACUGCUAAGUAUAACUUCAAACAACCUGGACCUCCUUCCACACCUAUUGUGAAGUUGGCUACAAAGUCUUACAUGUUGGUGACUUGGAAUGAGCCUGUAAGUGAUGGUGGUAGUCAUGUUUUGGGCUACCAUCUGGAGAGAAAGGAGCGUACUAGCAUUCUUUGGACAAAGAUGAACAGAGGAAUGAUCAAAGAUACAGAAUACAAAGUCAAUGGAAUUGAAGAGGGUAUGGUGUAUGAAUACCGUGUCUAUGCAGAAAAUAUUGCUGGUAUCGGUAAAUGUAGCAAGGCCUGUGAAGGCGUAGCAGCCAGAGAUCCAUGUGACCCUCCAGGCACACCUGUGGUUACUGCUAUUACCAGAACAUCUGUUUCCUUGUCUUGGGAUAAACCAGAGUAUGAUGGUGGAGCCAAGGUUUCUGGCUAUGUUGUUGAGCGCAGAGACCUCCCUGAAGGACGCUGGACAAGGUGCAACUUCACCAACGUGCCAGAGACCCACUAUGAUGUGACAGGUCUUACAGAAAACAGCCAGUAUGACUUCCGUGUCAUUGCUAAGAAUGCAGCUGGAUUGUUCAGUCAUCCAUCUUGGAACACUGGCCCCAUCACUGUCAAGGAUGAUGUGGAUCCACCACGUAUCAUGAUGGAUGUUAAGUUCAGAGAAACAGUGUUUGUGAAAGCGGGAGAAACUUUGAAAAUAAAUGCUGACUUUGCUGGACGUCCUGCCCCCGUUAUUUCCUGGACCAAGGAUGGGAAAGAUAUUGAGCUGAGAGCCAGAAUCCAGAUUGUUUCAACAGAUACCAGCACUUCUGUUAUUGUGAAGGACUGCAUCAGAAGAGAUUCUGGACAGUAUGCCCUGACUCUACAGAAUAUUGGCGGAACAGUUACCAUGCCAAUAAACUGUGUGAUUCUAGAUAAGCCAGGACCUUCAGCAGGACCUCUGCAGAUCACAGGUCUCACAGCUGAGGCAUGCACUCUGUCAUGGGGUCCUCCUCAGGAGAUCGGUGGGACUGAGAUCACACAUUACGUUGUUGAGAAGCGUGAGACCAGCCGCUUGGCAUGGACAUUGGUGAAGGGAGAUAUCACAAAAACAUAUUUCAAAGUCACAGGAUUGCUAAAGGGCAAUGAAUAUAUCUUCAGGGUUUUGGCUGUCAACAAGCAUGGACUUGGUGAGGCUCUGGAGAGUGAUGCUGUAAAGAUUACAGAUCCAUACACUUUUGCCACUGCUCCAGCUAGUGUUGAUGUCACUACCAUAACUGGAGAUUCAAUGACCCUUACCUGGUGCAAGCCAGCCAGUGAUGGAGGCAGCCCCAUCACUGGAUAUGUGAUUGAGCGCCGUGAGAAGACAGGUAUGCGCUGGGUCCGUGUGAACAGAGAUGCAAUUUUGGAAUGCACCGCAGUAGCAACCAAACUGCGUAAGGGUUGUGAGUAUGACUUCAGAGUCUAUGCUGAAAACUCUGCUGGUCUAAGUCCUCCAAGUGAACCAUCUGCAUCAUUCAGAACAGCAGAUCCUCUGGUUGUUGCUUCUCGCCCAACCAAGCCAAAGAUUGUCAGUUCAACUAAAGACAGUGUGUCCAUUGUCUGGAAACCACCAACAAAUGAUGGCGGUGCCCCCAUCCUUGGAUACAGUGUAGAAUACAGAGACUAUAUCCGUAAACCAGAGCCAGAGGUUGAGGAAGAAGAGGACGAAUAUGAAUAUGAGGAGGAGGAAGAAGAGGAACCUGAAUCACCUGAAGAGCUAGCAAGAUGGGUUGAGGCUAUCCCUCUUACCAAGAGCUUGGAGUUUACAGUCACUGGACUGAAGGCAGAUGCAGAAUAUGAAUUCUGUGUCAAGGCAAUAAACAAAAUUGGCAGCAGUGCACGUAGCCCAUAUUCAGAUGGAGCUGCAGCAAUGGACAGAACUUCAGAGCCAUCAUUUGACGUUGACAUUGAGAUGCGUAAAGUACAAAGUGUUAAGCAUGGCACAGCAUUUACUCUCAAUGUACCAUUCAAGGGCAAACCUGUGCCAUCAGUGGUAUGGGCCAAGGAGGGUGUUGAUCUCAAUGUCAGAGGAACUAUUGAAUCAACAGAAUCCAGCACUUCAUUGACAAUUGAGAAGGCAACUAGAAAUGACUCUGGGGAAUACUCUGUCACAAUUGAAUCACCAUUGGGAAAAGCAACAUUGCCCAUGGUUGUCAAGGUGCUUGACUCUCCUGGACCCCCUGUUAAUGUUAAAGUUUCAGCAGUGACCAGGGAUUCUGCAACCCUCACUUGGGAAGCUCCAGAGAAUGAUGGUGGUGAUGCAGUGAAGGCCUACCAUGUUGAAAAACGUGAGGCCAGUAAGAAGGCCUGGGUGUCUGUGACCAGCAACUGCCAUGCAAUGACUUACAAGGUGGAAGACUUGCAGGAGGGAGCCAUGUAUUACUUCAGAAUUAUUGGAGAAAAUGAACAUGGAGUGGGUGUCCCUCAAGAAGCCAAGGCUGGAACAAAGAUUACAGAGGUACCAAGUCCACCCAUGAAACUUGGAGUUGCAAAUGUUACCAAGGACAGUAUUACAAUUGCCUGGACAAGACCAGAAUAUGAUGGAGGUAGCAGAGUCACUGGUUACCUUAUUGAUGCCCUGGAGAAGGGACAGACAAAGUGGGUGAAGUGUGCCACCGUGAAGACCAUGACCCACACCAUCAAGAGCCUGAGGGAGUGUGCUGAGUACUUCUUCAGAGUCCGUGCUGAGAACCAUGCCGGACUCAGUGAACCGAAGGAGAUGAUCGUACCAGUUAUUGUCAAGGAAAUACAUGUGGCUCCAGAGUUUGACCUGAAGAAUUACCCCAAGAAUAAGGUUUAUGUAAGAGCAGGAUCCAACCUAACCUUUGAGAUUCCUCUCACCGGCAGGCCUAUCCCUAAGGUGACUAUGUCCAAGAACAAUGUUGUCAUCAAGGGAUCCAAGAGGCUGCUAACAGAAGUUACUCCAGACAGUUUAAUCAUCACCCUAAAUGAAAGUAUUUCAAGUGAUGCUGGCAAGUAUGAAGUCACUGCCUCAAAUGUGGGAGGUACCACCAAGACCUUCAUUAUUUUUGUUGUGCUGGACAGACCAGGACAUCCUGUUGGUCCAGUAGAGAUUGGGGAGGUGGGAGAGACCACAGUAUGUCUGAAAUGGGCUCCUCCUGAGUAUGAUGGUGGCAGUCCUGUUACCAACUACAUUGUUCUGAAACGUGAAACCAGCACUCCUUCCUGGGCAGAGGUGUCAACUAGCAUUGCCAGAAGCGCGAUCAAGGUGACAAAGCUGACCAAGGGAGAGGAGUAUCAGUUCAGAAUCAAGGCUGAGAAUCGCUACGGUGUCAGCGACCAUAUUGACAGCAAGCCAGUCAUGAUAAAGCUUCCAUACACCAUCCCUGGACCUCCAUCCACACCAUGGUUCGGCUUUGUAUCUAGAGAAAGCCUGACAGUCUGCUGGAAUGAACCGGUCAAUGAUGGUGGAAACCCUGUUAUUGGAUACCAUCUCCAGAUGAAGGAGAGAAGCAGCAUCCUCUGGCAGAAGGUCAAUAAGACAGCAAUCGCAGGAAACCAGUGGCGAGUCACAAACAUCUGCCCUGGCCUCAUCUAUGAAUUCAAGGUGGCAGCUGAAAAUGCAGCCGGCAUUGGAAAGAUGAGCAAGACCUCUGAAGAAGUGCUUGCUAUUGAUGCCUGCGAGCCUCCAGCAAAUGUCCGUAUCACUGAAGUCACCAAGAACUCAGUCAGCCUGGCCUGGCAGAGACCUCCAUAUGAUGGUGGCAGCAAGAUUACUGGCUACAGUGUGGAGAGGAGGGACGCUCCCAAUGGCAGAUGGGUGAAGGCCAACUUUACAAACAUCAUUGAGCUGGGCUUCACUGUGUCUGGACUGAACCAGGAUGAGUCUUAUGAGUUCAGAGUGUAUGCCAAGAAUGCUGUUGGGUCUGUCAGCAACCCAUCUCUCAUCGCUGGCCCUGUCACUUGUGUUGAUGCAUGUGGUGCCCCAGCCAUUGACCUUCCUCCAGAGUAUCUGGAUGUAGUUCAGUUCAAGGCUGGAGUUUCAGUUAAGCUUAAAGUUGGAAUCAUCGCCAAGCCUCUGCCAACUAUUGAGUGGCUCAAGGAUGGAAAAGUGCUGGUAGCAACCUCUUGCAUGUCCGUUGAAAGCACAACUGACUCUUCUGCUGUUCUGAUCAAGGAUGCAGCUCGCAUUCACACAGGCUCAUAUGAGGUCAAGAUCAAGAAUGUUCUGGGUUCUGCAUCUGCAACUAUCAGGAUUGAAAUUCUAGACAAACCUGGACCCCCAGCCGGCCUCAUUAACUUCAACUCCAUUACAGCAGACAGGAUCGUCUUUAGCUGGGAACCUGUGCCCGAGUCUGACCAGGGAGGUUCCAAGGUGACCCACUACAUUGUUGAGAGAAGGGAAACCAGCCGAGUGGUAUGGUCGACAGUUUCAGACAGGCAUGAGAAGACACACGUCACCGUCAGCAAGCUGUUGCGUGGAAACGAGUAUGUGUUCCGUGUAAUGGCUGUUAAUAAGUACGGAGCUGGAGAGCCACUGGAGUCUGAGCCUGUCAUCGCUAAGAAUGCCUUUGUAACUCCUGGGCAACCUCAGACUCCUGAGGUGAAUAUCAUCACUAAGUCCACCAUGGUUGUAGAAUGGGACAAACCCGGUGUAGACGGAGGUAGCACAGUAACGGGCUACUACCUGGAGAGACGAGACAAGAAGAGCUCGCGUUGGAUCAGGGUUUACAAAGAUCCUGUCACUGACGUCAAACAGACCGUCUACCAUCUGACAGAAGGAAAUGAGUACCAAUAUCGCGUCUGUGCCAUUAACAAGGCUGGAGAGGGACCGUUCUCUGAUGCAUCAGACUACUACAAGGCUGCUGAUCCAGUUGAUCAACCGGAUGAGCCUUGCAAGCUGAAGGUGGUGGACUCCACCAAGACAUCCAUCACCUUGGGCUGGUCCAAGCCAGAAUGGGAUGGAGGCAGUGAGGUCACCAGCUACAUGGUGGAGAAGCUUGUUGAAGGAGAGGAAGAAUGGGCUAUGAUUACCUCCAAGGGAGAGGUCAAGACAACAGAGUACACAGUUCACGACUUAAAACCAGAUGUCAAUUACUUCUUCAGAGUCUCUGCUGUCAACUGUGCUGGCCGGGGAGAACCUCUGGAGAUGACUGAGCCUGUGCAGGCUAAGGAUAUCCUUGAGGAGGCCCAGAUUGACUCAGACGUAGCCAUGAGAACUCACUACAUUUUGAAGGCUGGCAAAGAUGUGGAGCUGUCAGUUCCUCUGAAGGGCAGACCUGCUCCCACUGCUUCCUGGAGCAAGGGAGAAGAAUGCAUUGAUCGUGACCCCAAAUAUGAGUUCCACCACUCAGACACUACAACAGUCCUUGUUAUGCGUGAGGUCACCAGGCUUGACACUGGAAAGUACACAGUAAAGAUAGAGAAUGGUGUGGGAGAGCCCAAGACCCUGACCUUGUCAGUGAAGGUCCAGGAUAGUCCAGCUCAGUGCAGGAAUCUGGUCCUGAAGGACGUGACCCGUGGAAAGGUCACUCUCUGCUGGGAGCCUCCACUCAAUGACGGUGGUGCUGAGAUAACAAACUACAUUGUUGAGAAGAGGGACUCCUCUAAGAGAUCCUACUCUGCAGUGACAAGCAAAUGCACAGAAACAACAUACACCAUUGAAGAUCUCUCCGAGAAGACAUCCUUCUUUUUCCGUGUGUUAGCCGAGAAUGAAAAUGGUGCUGGUGAUCCAUGUGAAACACAUGAGCCUGUGAAGGCUACAGAGACUCCCGGACCAGUCAAGGAGGUCUCUAUGAAGGAUUCAUCCAAGACUUCUGUCACUCUGCAGUGGCUAAAGCCUAGUUAUGAUGGUGGCAGCAUCAUCUCUGACUACGUAAUUGAGAAGAAACUGAAGGAUGAGGAAUGGUCAUUGGGAGGAACCAGCAGACAGUGUGAGUUUGAGGUCAAGAAACUCAAGGAGCACUCAGAAGUGUUCUUUAGAGUUGCCGCCAGAAAUGAGAAGGGGCAGGGUGACUUUGUAGAGAUUGGGCCUAUCAAGGUCAUUGACUACAUUAUAACACCUGAGGCAAGCCUUGCAGAGUUCCCAGGUGGCAGAUUAAAUGUCCGCCUGGGUCACAAUGUGCACAUUGAGCUGCCAUACAAAGGCAAACCCAAACCUUCUAUUCUGUGGCUGAAAGACAACCUGCCAUUGAAGGAGAGUGACCAAGUCCGCUUCAAGAAGACAGAAAACAAAGCCACUCUAAUGAUUAAGAAUGUGAAGAAGGAGAAUGAGGGUAAAUACACCCUGACCCUUGACAAUAAGGUCAACAGGAGAUCCUUCCACAUCCAUGUCAUCACACUUGGACCACCAUCAAAGCCUGUUGGACCCAUCCGUCUGGAUGAAGUGAGAGCUGAGAGCAUCAGAAUCUCCUGGGAUGAACCUAACGAUGAUGGUGGUGGAGACAUUACCUGCUACUCUGUGGAAAAGCGUGACACCUCCCAGUCUGACUGGAAGAUGGCCUGCUCCAGUGUACAGGAUACUCAGUUCAAGGUCCCCAACCUGAUCAAGAAUGUGCAGUACCAGUUCAGAGUGUGUGCUGAGAACAGAUAUGGUGUCAGUGAGCCUCUGGUCUCACAGAUGGUCAUUGCCAAGCACCAGUUCAGGCCACCAGGCCCACCAGGCAAGCCAUUUGUUUACAAUGUCACCAAUGAUGGAAUGACCAUCCAAUGGGAACAGCCCAUCUAUGACGGUGGUACCCCCAUCCAGGGCUUCCAUGUGGAGAAGAAGGAAAAGAACAGCAUCAUGUGGCAAAAGGUGAACACUAUGUUGAUAAAAGAAACAGAAUACAGGAUCUUGGGACUCAUUGAAGGCCUGGAGUACUCCUUCAGGGUCUAUGCCCAGAAUGAUUCUGGCUUCAGCCGAAUGAGUGAUGAGAGCAAGCCAACCAUGGCUGUCAGUCCUGUUGAUCCUCCUGGCCAGCCUGACUACACUGAUGUGACUAGCGACUCAGUGACACUGAAAUGGGAUGCACCCAAACGUGAUGGUGGUAGCAAGAUUACCGGCUACAACGUGGAGAAACGCCAAGGACAUGGCCGCUGGUUCAAAGCCAAUUUGACUGAUGUUCAUGACUGCAUGUACACUGUCACUGGACUGGCAACAAAUGAACGCUACGAGUUCAGAGUGAUUGCCAGAAAUGCCAUCGGUGUCACCAGUCCUCCCUCCAAUUCUUCUGGCUUGAUUGUAGUCAGAAGUGAGAAUGCGUGUCCAAAUAUUGAGUUUGGCCCAGAAUACUUUGAGGGUUUAACAGUCAAGGCUGGAGACAACAUCCGGCUGAAGGUGACCAUCACUGGACGCCCUGUUCCCAAGGUCGUGUGGCACAGAGAUGGUGUGGAGAUUACCAAAAAGAUGUUGGAUAUUAUCAACGUAGCUGGAUCCAGCACCCUGUUUGUCAGGGACGCUGAUCGCACACACAGUGGCCUCUACACUGUGGAGGCUACCAAUGGAUCUGGAAGCAGGAAGGAGAACAUCCUUGUUCAAGUGCAAGACACACCUGGAGAGCCAGUAGGACCCAUCACUUUCAGCAACAUCUCAGAAGGGAAGUGCACUCUGUCUUGGAACCCACCAGAGAACGAUGGCUGCUCUGAGAUUUCACAUUUCAUCAUUGAGAAACGCGAGACCUCCAAAAUCUCCUGGGCCUUGGUGUCAGAUGAAUGUACGGAGUGUACUUUCAAUGCAACCAAGCUCAUCAAGACCAAUGAGUACCAGUUCAGGGUCUCUGCUGUUAACAAGUUUGGAGUUGGCAGACCUUUAGAAUCCAGCCCCAUCAUUGCCCAGAUGCAAUACACUACUCCUGAGGCUCCAGGCACUCCUGACUCUACUGAAGUGACAGGAGAGAGCAUCACCCUGUCCUGGACUCCUCCAACAUCUGAUGGCGGAAACCCCAUUCAGUAUUACAUCCUGGAAAAACGCGAAAAGAAGACUCUGCGGUUCUACAAGGUGAUAACCAAGAAGCCUAUUGUUGAAUGUGCUCACAAGGUGCUCCACCUGACAGAAGAUAUGGAAUACGAAUUCCGCGUGAUGGCUGUUAAUGAUGCUGGUGUUGGAGCUCCUAGCAACAUCUCUAUUCCUAUCAAAGCUGCCGAGCCAAAGGAUAUUCCUUGUGCUCCAUCUGUGAUCUGUGUGUCAGACUCCACCAACAACUCCAUUAGCCUGGAAUGGACCAGGCCUGCAGAUGACGGAGGCAUGGAGAUCCUGGGCUACAUUAUUGAGAUGGUAAAGGGAGAAGAGACAGAAUGGAAGAGAAUGAAUGAGCAGCUGGUGGCAGAAACAAAUUACAUGGUAACGGGUCUACAGACAGGAGCUGAGUACAAGUUCCGUGUUGCAGCUGUCAAUCACGUGGGUAGAGGUGAGGAAGUGGAGACUCCAGAGCCUACUCAGGCUGUAGACAGGCUAACACCACCACUGGUGGAUAUUGACGCCACGUUCAAGCAGACACACAUUGUCAAGGCUGGAGGUUCAGUGUGUCUGGGCAUUUGCUUCAGAGGAAAGCCAAUCCCGACUGCCACCUGGGUGAAGGAAGAAGGACAGCUGGGUGUCAUGUCAGAGAUCACAACUACAGAUGGCUACAGCUCUCUAAGCAUUGAAAACUGCUCAAGAAACGAUUCAGGCAAAUACACUGUUAACCUGGAGAACAGUAGUGGCAGCAAGGCCAUUACAUUCACUGUAAAGGUGAUGGACACUCCUGGACCUCCUCAGGCUGUUGUCUUCAAGGAGGUGUCCAGAGGCACGGUCACACUUGCCUGGGAAACUCCUCUAAAUGACGGUGGAGCCCGGAUACAUCAUUACAUUGUUGAGAGACGCGAGGCUAGCCGCCGCACUUGGCAGCAGUCUGGUGGCAACUGCACCCAGCAUGUCCUAAAGAUCCAGGACCUGCUGGAAGGAGUGCCAUACUUCUUCAGAGUCUCAGCCGAGAACCAUCAUGGUAUUGGUGAGGCGUUCGAGCUGACUGAGCCUGUCAUUGCCACUGCAGAGCCAGCAUCUCCAAAGAGAAUGGACAUCCUGGACACCACAGACAACUCUGUACUACUGGGCUGGCUGAAACCAGAGCAUGAUGGCGGUAGCCGCAUCCAGUGUUAUGUCCUUGAGGCUAAGCCAAAGGGUACAGACAAAUGGGUAGUGGUUGGAAACACCACCAAUCUCACCUAUAUGGUUGAAAAGCUCAACAAGGGUGAUGAGUAUGACUUCCGUGUGAAGGCUAAGAAUGAAUCCGGCUACAGCAAGCCCAGGGAAACUCUGGUUGCUGCGUUAGUUAAAGAGCCUCACAUUGAACCUGCUGCUGACCUCAGCGAGAUCCCCAACCAGCUAAUCACAAGCAAGUCAGGCAGUACCUUCACUAUUGACGUUCCUAUUAGUGGUAGACCUGCUCCUAAGGUCACUUGGAAGCUGGAAGAGAUGAGGUUGAAGAACACAGACAGAGUCACUAUCAAAGUAACUAAGAACAGAACCAGUAUCUCAGUUAAGGAGGCCAUGAGAGGAGAUGGUGGUAAAUACUAUCUGACCCUGGAGAACGUGGCAGGAACCAGGACCUUUGCUAUUGAUGUCAAUGUCACAGGUAGACCUAGUCCUCCAACCGGACCCAUCGAAGUCUCAUCCAUUACCUCUGAGUCCUGCGUCAUUGACUGGCAACCACCAGAGGAUGACGGUGGCACGGACAUCACCAACUAUAUUGUGGAGAAGCGUGAGUCUGGCUCCACUGCCUGGCAGCUGAUCAACUCCAGCGUAAAGCGCACAUCUCUCAACGUCAGUCAUCUGACCAAGUACAUGCAGUACACAUUCAGAGUCUCUGCAGAGAAUAGAUUUGGUGUCAGCAAGCACACUGAGUCUGAGACUAUUGUUGCAGAGCAUCCUUUCACACCUCCUGGCCCACCAACAAGGCCUACAGUCUUCAAUGUCUCUGCUAACACAAUGACCCUGAAAUGGGAAGAGCCCUACCAUGAUGGUGGAAGCAAGGUGACUGGCUACUGGAUUGAGAAGAAGGAGAGGAACAACAUUCUGUGGGUGAGAGAGAACAAGAUCCCCUGCUUUGAGUGCUACUACAAGGUGGAGGGUCUGGUUGAAGGCCUGGAAUACCAGUUCAGGGUUUAUGCCAUGAACAGUGCUGGACUAAGCAAAGCCAGUGAGGCCUCCAAGGGAGCAGUUGCUCAAAACCCAGUUGAUCCACCAAAUAAGCCAGAAGUCACAAAUGUCACAAGAACCACAGUGUCCCUCAAAUGGUCAUCUCCACUGAACGACGGUGGCAGUCCCAUUGUGGGCUACAUUAUCGAGCGUAAGCCGUACACUUUGACCGGUGAGGGCCGCUGGCUCAAGUGCAACUACACCAACGUGACAGACACUUUCUUCACUGUUACUGCCUUGGGAGAGGGAGAGCCCUAUGAGUUCAGAGUCAUCGCCAAGAAUGCCAACCAGGUCUUCAGCAGGCCCUCAGAGUCUACCGGCUCUGUGCAGUGCAAGACGGACUUUGAGCCUCCAAAGGCACAGCUGGAUAGUAAACUGCUGUCCGAAACUGUGAUGGUCAGAGCUGGUUCAGAUCUGGUACUGGAUGCUGCAGUGGGAGGCAGGCCUGACCCCAAGGCUUCCUGGUCCAAGGGCAACAGGGAGCUGGAGUUGUGUGAAAAGUACCACCUGCAGUACACCCCCACCAGGGCCAUGGCUAUUAUAAAGUUAUGUGACAGAGAUGAUACAGGAAAGUACAUCCUGACAGUCAGGAACGUAAGCGGAACCAAGACUGCUGAGGUCAACGUCAAAGUGCUUGAUACCCCCGGGGUAUGUGAAGGCAUCAUUGAGAUUAGCAAGAUCACAGAAGAGUCAUGCACACUGAGCUGGAAGCCUCCUCUUGAGGACGGCGGUGAUGAGAUCUCCCACUACAUUGUAGAGAGGCGUGACACCAACAGACUGAACUGGGUCAUCAUGGACGCAGAGUGCAAGGAGCUGACCUGCAACAUCACCAGGCUGUUCAAGAAUACCGAGUACCUGUUCAGAGUCUGUGGAGUGAACAAGUACGGACCUGGAGUCCGCCUCCAGUCAGAACCCAUGGUUGCCAGAAACACUUUCACGGUGCCAACUCCUCCUGGUGCUCCAGAGAUCCUGGUGUCAGGAAUGGACUUUGCCACUAUCGAGUGGCUGAAGCCAGAGAGCGAUGGCGGCAGCCCAUUGAUCCACUACCUGGUGGAGAGGCGUGAGAGAAAGAGUGCCCGCUGGGUGAAGGUGAACAGAGACGGAUCUCAUCUGGACACCACGAUGAAGGUGUGCGGUCUGACCGAAGGCAACAUCUACCAGUUCAGAGUGACAGCCAUCAACAAGGCCGGAGAGAGUGAAGCCAGCGAGGUUUCUCUGUAUGUUGUGUGCAGAGUGCCAACAUGCACCCCUGCUCCUCCUUCUAUCCCGCGUAUCACUGACACCCACGCUGACAGCAUCAGCCUGGCCUGGUCCCACCCUGUGGAGGACGGAGGAGCCGAUGUGAUGGGUUAUAUCCUGGAGAUGCAGGAGGCUGGAGCAGAGGAAUGGAAGAAGGCCCAUGAAAAGACCCUGCGUGGUACAGAAUACGUUGUGACAGGACUUUCUGCAGGCAAGAAGUACUGCUUCAGAGUGGCUGGCAUCAACAUCAAUGGUACAGGAGACUUCAGUGAACCAUGUGCUGAGACUGAGCCAGUGGAAAGAAUUGAAACUCCCGACUUUGAGCUCCACGAUGACCUGAAGAAGACCAUUUGUUUGCGUGCUGGUGGCUCACUCCGCCUGUUCGUAAAAAUCAGCGGUCGUCCCACUCCCGCCCUCUCUUGGAGUAAGCCUGGUGUUGACCUCCACAACAGAGGAUUCAUUGAAGUCACUAACACAUCCACCACGCUCAUCAUCGAUAAGGUCCAUCGCUAUGACGCUGGCAAAUACACACUGGUAGCUGAGAACUCUGCUGGGAAACAGGAAGUCAACAUUUUGGUCAAGGUCUAUGAUACUCCUGGACCAACUGGACCAAUAAAGAUCAAAGAGCUGACCAAGGAGUCUGUUACCAUCUCUUGGGAUGCCCCAACUGUGGAUGGAGGUGCUCCUGUCAACAACUACAUCAUUGAGAGGCGUGAGGCCUCCAUGAGAGCUUACAAGACUGUCACCUCUAAGUGCAGUAAGACAUCGUACAAGAUCGACGGCCUGAUGGAGGGUAUGCUGUACUACUUCCGGGUCCUCCCUGAGAACAUUUAUGGUAUCGGUGAGCCCUGCGAGACUCCCGACGUCAUCCUGGUCUGUGAGGUACCUUUGCCACCGCACAAGCUAGAAGUGAUCGAUGUCACCAAGAGCACUGUCAUCCUGGGCUGGGAGAAGCCAGAGCAUGAUGGUGGCAGCAGGCUGACGGGCUACGUCAUCGAAGCCUGCAGGUUCGGCACGGACAAGUGGAUGAAGGUGGCUACACUGAAGAUGACAGACUUUGAGCACACCAUCGAGAAGCUGAAUGAGAAGGAGCAGUACCUGUUCAGAAUCAAAGCAAUCAACAGUAGAGGAGCCAGCGAGCCCAAAGAGAUGGUGGCAGCCGUCACGGUACAGGAACAGAGAGUAAUGCCUGUGGUGGACUUCUCCAGUAUUCCUCAGAAGGUUGUCAAUGUCCUGGCCGGCAAGACUCUGGAGCUUGACCUGCCCAUCGUCGGCAGGCCUCCUCCCGUCUGCUCCUGGUACUUCAGUGAUAACAAGCUGAAAAUCACAGACCGUGUCAAGAUCAAGAGCACUGGCAAAUUCUCCAAACUGACCAUCUCUGACACCACCAUCGACGACACUGGUGACUACACCCUGGAGGUGAAGAAUGUCGUUGGUGUUAUCAGUGAGAUCAUCAAGGUCGUCAUCCUCUCUAAACCUGAUGAACCAAAGGGACCCAUCAGGUUUGAUGAGAUUGAUGCCACCACCGUCACCUGCAGCUGGGAUCCUCCAGUCAGAGAUGGCGGAGCUCCCAUCAGUGGCUACGUGGUGGAGCAGCGUGAUGCUCACAGACCCGGCUGGGUGCCAGUCUGUGAAUCUGUUAGCCGACCAACUUUCAAGUUUGAGAACCUGAUUGAGAGAGAUGAGUAUGUCUUCCGUGCAGCUGCCAUCAAUCGCUACGGCACCGGAGACUUCUUGCAGUCUGAGAUCGUCACCUGCAAAAGCUUGAAUGAUGUGCCUGGACCUCCUGGCCGUCCAACCAUCUUUGAUGUUUCUCGUGAUGGCAUGACCGUGGCCUGGAACCCACCAGAUGAAGACGGUGGCCUUGAGGUUUCUGGAUACAUUAUCGAGCGCAAAGAAGUCAGGUCUGACAGAUGGGUGCGUGCCAACAAGAACCCCAUCACCAUGACCAGAUACAGAUCAACUGAGCUGAUUGAGGGCCUGGAGUAUGAACACAGAAUCACUGCCAUCAAUGCCAGAGGACUGAGCAAACCAAGUUUGCCAUCCAAACCAGCAGUGGCAACAGAUCCCAUUGAUCCACCUGGCUGUCCUCAGAACCCGAGAAUCACAGAUACCACCAAAUCCUCUGUGUCGCUGGCUUGGAGUCCUCCUGACGAUGAGGGAGACGCAAGGGUGGAUGGUUAUCUGAUUGAGAUGCAGAAGGUGGGCACCAUGGCCUGGAUCAAGUGCAACACCACACCAUCUCUAAUCUGCGAGUACACACUGACCAACAUGCCACAAGGAGAGGAGUUCAAAUUCCGUGUGAUGGCCUGCAAUGCUGGUGGUUCUGGAGAGCCUGCUGAAGUGCCUGGAACUGUUACUGUGACUGAGAUGCUUGAAUCUCCUGACUAUGACCUGGAGCUCAAAUACAAAGCCGUGUAUGUGGUUCGCCAGGGAGGAGUGGUUAGACUCUCUGUACCCAUCAAGGGUAAACCUCAACCAACCUGCAAGUGGUCGAAGGAUACUGGUGCAAUCUCCACCAAGGCUAUGAUUGCCUCCACCGAGGACGCCAGCGAGCUGGUGAUCAAGGGAGCCGAUAGGAGCGACUCUGGCGUGUAUGACCUUUUGCUGGAGAAUAGGGUUGGCAAGAAAAAGGCCCAAAUCAAGGUGAACGUCAUUGGCCGCCCAAGCGCUCCUGAGGGACCAUUAGUCUUUGAGGAAAUCCAGGCUAACUCUGUCAAGGUGUCCUGGAAGACGCCCACAGACAAUGGUGGCUCAGAGAUCCUGGGUUACAUCGUAGAAAGACGUGAGGCAGCCAGAAACGCCUGGUACACCGUGGACUCAAGAGUGACUGACACUACACUGGUUGUCAAGGGCCUGAAGGAGGGAACAGAGUACCACUUCAAGGUCACGGCUGAAAACUCCUUCGGUGUCAGCUCCUCUCUGAAAUCAGAGCAACCACUGGUUCCCACGACUCCUAUCUGUCCUCCUGAGCCUUCAAGCACCCCACCAGAGAUCAUGGACGUCACAAAGAGCUCUGUGGCAUUGGCCUGGUCCAGACCAAAGGACGACGGUGGUUCUGCCAUCACUGGCUACUUUAUUGAGUACAAACUGGUGUCCGCAGAGACAUGGUCCCGCCACGAAACCAAGAUCACCUCCACCAUGUUUACUUUGCCUGGGCUCACCCCCGAUGCAGACUAUCAGUUCCGCAUUGUUGCUGUCAACAGCAUCGGCGAGAGCGAAGCUGGUCCUGCAUCUGACCCAGUCACAUGCAAGGAUCCAUUCGACAAACCAAGCCAACCAGGUGAGAUUGACACAGUGAACGUGUCAAACAACUUCAUCACCAUCCGCUGGCAAGCUCCAGAGUGUGAUGGUGGAAAGGAGGUCCUGGGCUACUGGGUGGAGUACAGGAAGUCCAUCGAGAGCACCUGGAAGAAGUGCAACAAGCAGAGGCUGAAGGAAAAGGAGUUAACCAUGCGUGGACUGUCUGAGGCUGCAGAGUAUGAGUUUAGAGUGUUUGCUGAGAAUGAGACAGGAAUGAGUAGACCUCGUAGGACUGCCACGUGCAUCAAGACCAAACUGAGUGUUGAAACUAAACCAAGCCUGAGGAAGGAAAUGGAUGAAGUCACUGCUAAGCUUGGUCAGCCUGCUGUCAUGAAGUGCCAGAUUAUUGGUAGACCUGUCCCUGACAUCAAGUGGUAUCAUGCUGGUAAAGAGGUUGUUGAGUCCCGCAAGUACGAGAUGAGCUCUGACGGCCGCAACCACUCCCUGUCUAUCAUGACUGACCAGCAGGAGGAUGAGGGAGAGUACACCUGCAAGGCCAUUAACGACGCCGGAGAAGCUGAGACCACAGGCGUCCUAGUGUUGGAGGCUGCUGCAUCCUUCCACCCCGACUACCCACUGAAAAACACAUACUAUGCUGGCAUGGGAACCACUUUGCGUAUCCACGCUGUCUACAUCGGCCGUCCUGAGCCAAAGAUCAUGUGGCUGCAUGGAGCAAAGACCCUGGAGAACACAGAGGAUAUUAGCAUUGAGACCACUGAGCACUACACACACCUGAUCAUCAAGAACGUGCAACGCAGAGUCCAUGGAGGCAAAUACAGGAUCAGACUGCACAACCACUUCGGCAGGGUUGACACCGCAUUCAAUGUUGAAAUUUAUGACAAACCUGACAUGCCUCAGGGACCCAUUGUACUGGAUGCCCUCCUGAAGAACUCUGUUAUCAUCAGCUGGAAGCCUCCCAAGGAUGACGGAGGCUGCAUGAUCACCAACUACAUCAUAGAGAAGCGUGAGGACAAGGAAGGCACUGAGUGGGAACUGGUGUCGUCAUCCAUCAAUGGCACAUCUUGCCGUGUACCCAACCUCAUCGACAGUGCCGGAUACUUCUUCCGUGUAUACGCCCAGAAUCGCUAUGGCAACAGCGAACCACUGGAGCUCGCUUCACCUAUCCUUAUUAAGAGCCAACUGGAGAAACCAUCACCACCUCUGUCCCCAGUUGUUUCUGGAAUUACCAAGGACUCCUGCGUGGUUUCCUGGAGGCCUCCACUCAGCGAUGGCGGCUCCAAGAUCAAGAGCUAUUGCCUUGAGAAGAAAAAUAAGAAGGACAAGAAGGAAUGGACCGAUUGGACUCCAGUGACCACAGACGAGAUCAAACAGACAGUUUUCUCCGUCAAGCGUCUGACCGAGGGUGUCGAGUACAUCUUCCGUGUGAAGUGCGAGAACCUUGGAGGACAGAGCGACUACAGUGAGGAGACUGCAUCCAUUAUUCCAGCCACUGCCGUUGAUGUCCGUGCUCCUGCCUUCAAGGAAGAGCUGAGGAACAUGAGUGUCAAGUACAAGAGCAAUGCUACCCUUGUCUGUAAGAUCACAGGACAACCCAAGCCUGUGAUCAAAUGGUUCAGACGAGGAAAGGAAAUCCAGUCUGAUGGAAAGAAGAUCAAGAUCCAGGAGUUCAAGGGAGGUUACCACCAGCUGGUCAUCACUGAGGCUGAUGAGGAAGACUCCACUGUGUACCAGAUCAGGGCCACCAACCAGGGAGGCUCCAUCUGUGCUACAAUCUCUCUGGAUGUUGAAAUCCCUGCCAAGAUCCACCUGCCAAAGAACCUGAAGGACAAGGAAGCCAUCCCUGCCCUGCGUGGAGAAAUGGUCAAUAUCAAGAUUCCUUUCGGAGGCAAACCAGAUCCUGUCAUCACAUGGCAGAAGGGACAAGAUCUCAUUGACAGCAAUGGCCAUUACCAGGUCAUCGUCACCAGAUCUUUCACUUCUUUAGUUUUCCCCAAUGGAGUGGAGAAGAAGGAUGCUGGUUUCUACAUCGUCUGUGCCAAGAACAGAUUUGGAAUUGACCAGCAGACAGUUGAACUGGAUGUUGCUGACGUGCCUGAUCCUCCACGUGGAAUCAAAGCCAGUGACGUCUCCAGAGACUCAGUUACACUGAACUGGGUGGCCCCAGCAAAUGACGGCGGCAGCAGGGUCAUCAGCUAUAUCAUUGAGAAGUGUCCCACCACUGCUGAGAGAUGGCAGCGUGUUGCCCAGUCCCGUGACACCCGUUACACCAUUACCAAUCUGUUUGGAGGUACCAGCUAUCAGUUCAGAGUCAUCGCUGAAAACAAGUUCGGACAGAGUGCUCCGUCUGAGACUAGCGGACCUGUUAUGACCAAGGAGGACAAAUCGAGAGUUCUGCUCUAUGAUAGGGAGGUUGACGAUACUGGACGUGUACCCAGGGGUAAGGCUCAACACUCCGAUGCCAAGAAUCUGCACAACAAAUAUGCCAUUGCAGAGGAAUUGGGUAGAGGUCAAUUUGGCAUUGUCCACCGUUGUAUGGACCUCAGCUCUGAGAAGACUUACAUGGCUAAAUUCAUCAAAGUGAGGGGUGCUGAUCAAGCAAUAGUUAAGAAGGAAAUCGCAACACUAAAUCUUGCCAAACACACUAACUACCUCCUCCUCCACGAGUCUUUCGAGAGUCCUGAGGAGUUGGUGAUGAUCUAUGACUUCAUCUCUGGUGCUGACAUCUUCGAGCGCCUCAACACAGCUGAGUUUGAACUUAAUGAGCAUGAGAUUGUCAACUACAUCCGGCAGAUCUGCUCAGCUAUUGAGUUCAUGCACGAACAGAGCUAUGGACACUUUGAUAUCAGACCUGAGAACAUUGUGUACACAACUAGAACCAGCUCUAAUGUAAAGAUUAUUGAGUUGGGCCAGUCCAGACACCUGACUCCUGGAGAACAGAUCAAGAUUCAGUACACCACUGCAGAGUACGCUGCCCCUGAGAUCCACCAGUGUGACAUGGUUAGCUCUGUCACUGACAUGUGGUCGGUUGGUGUUCUUGCCUAUGUUCUCCUCAGUGGACUUAAUCCAUUCACAGCAGAAACCAACCAACAGAUGAUUGACAACAUCUCCAAUGCAGUCUACAGCUACGAUGAUGAGUCCUUCAAGCAGGUCAGCGUUGAGGCAUUAGACUUCACAGACCGCCUUAUGACAAAGGAACGCAAGCACCGUAUGACUGCUGCUGAGGCUCUGGCACAUCCUUGGCUGACCAAGCCUGCAGAGGAGAUCAGCACAAGAGCGAUCCCAACCGGCAGGCACAAGAGAUACUACCAAACAAUGGUGAAGAAAGAGUGGAACACUGUCGUCUCUGUAGCCCGUGUGGCCAGUGGUGGCUCCAUCAGGUCCCAGCGUGGUGUUUUUGUUGCUAAGGUAAAGAUUGCUCCAUUUGAAAACGGUCCUGUUGGAGGACAGAUUGGCCAUGCUGUGGUGAAUGAGGGAGACAGUGUGAAAUUCACCUGCAACAUUGAAAACUAUGAUAGCACUACUGAAGUGACAUGGUACUGUGGCGUCAGACAACUUGAAGCUGGUGAUAAAUAUGAAAUUGAAUACGAGGAUGGCCUGGCUGUAAUCACCAUCAACAAGAUCACAAGAGCAGAUGAUGGCACUUACAGAUGCAAGGUUGUGAAUGAGUAUGGUGAGGACAGUGCCUACGCAGAGCUGUUUAUCCAUGGUGUAAGAUGUUACCGCGACUUCUUCACCACCCGUGUGGUCAAGAAAACAAAGCGCAGAGUUGACACUGCCAGAAUGCUUCAGAAGCCACCAGAGUUCACCCUUCCUCUGUUCAACCAUACAGCCUACAUUGGUGAGGAUGUGCGCUUUGGUGUCACCAUCACUGUUCAUCCUGAACCUCGUGUCAUCUGGCACAAGUCUGGACAGAAGCUCAUCCCUGGACAGGAUGAUAGGAAAUACACCUUCAUCAGUGACAAGGGCCUGUACCAGCUGAUUAUCCACAGCCUUGAUAAGGAAGAUGAUGCUGAGUACAGUGUUGUGGCCCGCAACAGGUACGGUGAUGACAGCUGCAAGGCUCGUCUUACCGUUGUUCCUCGACCUAAACCAGCAGACCUCACCCUGAGGCCCAUGUUCAAACGUCUACUCGCAAACGUAGAGUGCAGAGAGGGCCAGAAUGUGCGCUUUGAGAUUAGAGUAUCCGGCCACCCCACACUGAAGUGGGAGAAGGACGGCACGCCAUUAGCCUUUGGACCAUCUAUUGAGGUUGUCCAUGAAGGUCUGGAUUACUUCAUCCUUCAUGUGAGAGACACUCUCCCUGAGGACUCUGGCGUGUACAGAGUUACUGCAACCAACUCUGCUGGAUCUGCCAGUUGUCAGGCCACACUUAAAGUAGAACGCGUCACCCAUGUACAGAAGGAAUAUGAGCCCAGCGAAAAGGAGAAACAAAAGUUAGCUGGACAGGAGAAAUUAGACAAAAAGGUGAGGCUCUAUCAGAUUAUGACUGGCACUGUUGUUACACCUCUACCACCUGCAGCAGUACAAGCUGUCAGGGAAGCAGCCACCAUGUUUAAACCUGCUGUGACAACUAAGAAGGGUGAGAAGACUGAUGCUGAGAUACAGAAAGAAAAAGAGGAAAAGAAGAAGCGGGCAGAUGAGAAGAGGUUGCGUAUGCCCUAUGACGUCCCUACUCCUCGUGUCAUUAACCCAGCUGUUCUUGAGGAGGAUGUGGAAAUAAAACAUUUCAAGCCACUCUCUGACAUGAAAUGGUACAAGAAGCUGCGGGAUCAGUAUGAGUUCCCUGAGCCUAUGGAGAAAAUCAAGCAGAAGAGGAUGAAGCGCAUUCGCCUCUCCAGGUGGGAGCAGUUCUAUGAGGUGCCUAUCAGGAUCAAGGACCAGUAUAAGCCUAAGUGGCGCAUCUCAUCCAUGACUCAGGAUGACUUGGAGACUGUGAGGCCUGCAAGGCACCGCACUCCUUCUCCUGAGAUGGAAGCCUACCACAGGAUCAGGAGGAGGUCCUUGGGUGACCUGUCAGAUGAAGAGCUGUUGCUGCCGGUGAAUGAGUACCUGUCCAUGAAGAGAACUGAGGAGGAGAGGCUCCGUCUGGAGGAAGAGCUGGAGCUUGGCUACUCUGCUUCUCCACCUAGCCUCAGCCCAGUCCGCUUUGAGCUGUCUGCCCUGCGUCCCUCAUCUCCUAGAAGAGUCUACAGCGAGGAUGAAGAGGGAGAAGAAAUCCACAGAUAUGACUCCUACAAAAUUCCAUCUAAAUACGAGGCUGGCCCAAGUUUCGUUGACCUCCGCCAGCGUCACGACAAAGCCACAUACAGAGCUCCAAGACAGAAGCAGAGGGUGUACGAAGACAGAGAAGAUCAGGAGCUGCUGCGUCCACACAAAACUGUUCAGAGAAUCUCCUCUUACAAGAGUGAACUCAAACGCAUUGAGUUUGAGGAGAAGACUCGAACCACAAAGAAGGAAACAACUGUCAGUUUUGCAAAAGUCUCUGAAGCUGUUGAAUCUGAGCACCUGACAGCUUUCACCUCAGAAUAUAUUGCUAAACCAAUCAAGAAAGUGUCAAUGCCUGAACCCGAGAAGACAUCCGCCCCAGCAAAAGCUGUCAAGACAGAUGUGACCCUCCCAAAAUUUGACUUUGCAUCCAGGUAUGAGGAGAGAAAGCAGGCUCUGAGAUCAGAGAGAAAAUCAGUGGAGAGGAAGGUUGAGGUGGUGACACAAGCUCCCUUCAGCCUUGACCACGCCCCACGUAUUACCAUCAGAUUGCGAUCUCAUCGCGUACCCUACGGCUCCAGCACAAAGUUCACCCUAAAUGUCCAGUCCAAACCAGAGCCAGAGGUCAAGUGGUUCCAUAAUGGAGAAGAGAUUCAUCAGAGUAACAAAUACUACAUGACCAACAUCAGCGGGGUUCUGACUCUCCAGAUCAUCAAAUGUGUGACUGAGGACUCCGGCACUUACCGUGUGGUCUGCAGGAACACCAAGGGAGAGACAUCUGACUAUGCUACAUUGGAUGUAGCAGGAGCAGAAUAUGCUGCCUUCUCUUCACUCCGCAAAGAUGAGGAGCCUCCAUCCUCCCAUCUGCCAGAUAUGGCCAGAACAGAGGAGUAUCAUGUCUCCUCCUCCUCUAAAACAACAGUGAAAGAAACUGUGACAGAGUCCAGUACUACUGUUGUUGUUGAGAAGCCAAGGGAGAAGCCCGGUGUUCCUGCCAAGUUCCUGACCAAGCCACUGUCCCUGAGCGUUGAGGAGGGAGAUCUUGUCAGAUUUGAGUGUGAGGUGGAUGGCGAGCCAGCACCUUCUAUCACCUGGCUGCACGAAGGAUCAGUUAUUGGUUCCACUGCCCGUCACCACAUCAUCUCUACUCAGUUCAACUCCCACUUUGAGAUCUCUGCUGUUGAGAUGUCGGACGAAGGCAGCUACUCUGUGCUGGUGGAAAAUGCUGGAGGCAAACAAGAGGCCCAUUUCACUCUGACAAUCCGCAAGUCUGAGUCCAAGGAGAAAGUAGUUGCCCCUCCCAGAAUCACCUCUCCAGAAGCUAAGUCCCCUCUUGCUAAGUCCCCUGAACCAGUCAAAUCUCCCCAGAGAGUGAAAUCCCCUGAGCCAGUCAAGUCACCUCAGAGAGUGAAGUCUCCAGUCUCACCAAAAUCCCCAACACCAAAAUCCCCAACACCAAAAUCCCCAACACCAAAGUCACCUACUCCCAAAUCCCCAACUCCAUCUGAGAAGCAACGAGUGACUUCUCCAAGUGACUUGCUUACUGUGCAAGAAAAAACUCUUUUCUCUGUUUUAGGCUCCAAAACAAAAGCUCUAACCUCUGCAGAGGUCCAGUCCUCUGUGAUGGAGGUCAAGUCCUCCCACAGCCAGAUGUCCAUAACUGAGGGCCAGUCUCCGCGGGCCAAGGGCUCAGAUGCACCCCACUUCCUGGUGCAGCCCAGGUCCCAGAAUGUGAAUGAGGGAGAAAAUGUCAAAUUCACAUGUGAAAUUGCGGGAGAGUCGUCCCCUGAAGUGGAGUGGUUGAAAGACAACAUCACUAUAUCUGCCACAUCAAACAUCAGACUGAGCCACUCUAGGAAUGUGUUCACUCUGGAGAUAUGUGAAGCCACCGUUGCAGACAGCGGGAAAUACAUAAUAAAAGCCAAAAACAAGUUUGGACAGUGCUCUGCAACAUCCUCACUCAACGUCCUCACUCUUGUUGAAGAACCAACAAAAAUGAUUAUUGUGGAGCAAAGAGCUUCUACUGACGCUGCUGCCAGCAUGCUAAAGACUUUAUCUGCCUCAUCAGUUCUUAUGGAGGCUGGCAGUUUCAGCAGCAGCUCCCGCUCUGCUGCUGCCGCAGCCCAGUAUUCGUUUGAGAGCACGUCUGCAACUAGCAUGUCUGCCAUGAUGGCUGAGUCAAUGGUUUCCAUGAGCUCCAGCAGCCAAAUGAUGGAAAUGUCUGCUCAGUCGCAUGUCAAGUCCUCCUCCUCCUCGUCCUCCUCCUCGCUGAGGGCCCUUACCACCGGGGUUAAAAGAGGCACUCCACCAAAGAUCGAAGCUCUUCCGGAGAACGUCAGUGCCGAGCCUGGCAAGUCCUUGACUGUGGCAGGGCUGUUCUCUGGAGACCCCAUGCCCUCCGUUCAGUGGGUCCGCUCAGGUAGGACCCUCCCCAAUGGGGACGAGCGGUUCCACGUGGAGAACAGCGCCGACCUCUCCACCCUCAUGAUCUCUGCGGUGAAGGAGAGCGACGCCGGAGCGUACACCCUCCGACUGUCCAACGAGCUUGGCUCAGAUGUGGCAACCGUCAACAUUCACAUUCGGUCCAUGUAAAAAAAAAAAAAAAAAGUUAAUUUAUACCCCCUGUUCCCUCAUCCAGAACCUUUUUAUUUAGUGAAUUAGCAACAAUAAUACUUGAUAAAGAUCUGGAUUUCUGUUCUUGUAAAUAUGAACUAUUUUUGUACCAAACUUGACAUUAAUUUAUGCCAAACUAGACUAAAGUCUAAAGUUGUUAUAAAAUGUGCCAUAUUGGACAAUAUGACUUAGGAUUUUUGAACCACUUUUCUGUGACAUGUACAUAAUGUAUAUAGCCGAAUUUAACGGUUAUGGGAAAUGUAUGCAUUGUUAUUUAUGACAAUAAUAUUAACAGAAACAAAAGAACAAAUGUUUUCACAGGAGAAAGUUUCACUGGAACGAAUACCCUGUUAAACUGAGAAACUAAACUCUGUGCCUCAACGAUAAGUUGAAGUCUUUAAGAUUGCCUCAGCGGGUAGAGAGGCUCCCCGCUGACGUUAUGAACCACAAACAGAAAGACAAAGUUAUUGUUUUGGACACGCGUCUGUGCGUGAGAUAUUACAGUUUCCUAUGAGUUGUACCGUGAGCGUAAGACCCUGAGCGCUGUUUGCAUCACCCUCAUGUAAGCAGCGUGAACGGCCUUGUGCUCAGACUGACUGCGUCACACCACCGUGAUUUGAUGACCGACUGUGAGUGCGAGCGGCCUGCACUCUCAGCGUUUAGAUCAUUUUAAUAAAGAGCGCUGCUUCUGGCACAGGACGGCCGGACCGGCUUCUUAAAAACAUAACAUCUCCUGGCCUUAAACAAACAGGAAGUCCACGCCGGCUCUGCUGUGCAGGAGCAGCGCCAUCUCUCGGAGGAUAGCUAGCGUUUGUGUGUUUGAGUGUUUGUAGCUUUUAGUCGUUUCACCUUGUCAGUUAGUCGGGGUCUCUGCACAGCGACUCCAUCUCCUGUGAGAGAGAGGUUGAACCCUGAACUUUGAUUUAUUGAUCGUUGAUUAGAACUUUAUUUCAUCCUCCUUGAGUUUGAUGCAUUACUGAUUUAAUAAAGCAUGAUUUCAGCACUAUA